AUGGAAGACGCCGAUGCUCUUGAGCCUACCAGUCUAUCUCAAGACUUUCAAGUGAGUAGAAGUGCCUUCUGCAACCGUGGAUUGACAAGGGCAAUCCUAGCCCUGGCACAUAUAGCCAUGGCGACUGCAAAAAUGAAAAUUAUUUUGCCGCUGGUCGUAUGGAUAGCAUGGCUGCAAGUGACGACUGCCCAAUCCUUCGGAGGGAUUGGAUUUGGUAUAAAACGGGAAGUGUUUUUCCUCAAUCUCGAAGAUGGAUAUUUCGGUUGCCAAGUGAACGAAUCGACUGACGUUUUACAGUUAUUCGAGUUAUCGAAAUUAUGUGACGGAACGCCUAACUGCUUCUUAGGAUCUGAUGAAUUAGCCAAAGAACUGAAGUGUACCGAUAACUGCCAGAAAGAAGAUGGUACUGAGUGUCAAAAUGGUGCAUGUCUAGACGGGCAGUGUCAUUGUAAUGAUGGCUUUGGUGGAUGCAGCUGUGAAGUACCAGAUGAGAACGAGUGCAAGUACAGACCUUGUGACGUAUUUGCACACUGUACCAACACUUUAGGCAGCUUUUCCUGUACCUGCUUUCCUGGAUACAAUGGAGAUGGGUUUCAUUGCGAGGAUAUCAAUGAAUGUGAUGAACCUGCAUUAGCUGCCAGAUGCGUGGAAAACGCCGAAUGUUGCAAUCUACCCGCGCAUUUUCUCUGCAAAUGCAAGCCAGGAUACGAAGGAGAUGGGGAAGUUCAAUGCCACGAUAUCGACGAAUGUCUCAACCCGAACGUCUGCGGCCAAAACGCUGUCUGCACGAACCGACCCGGUAACUACACCUGCGCAUGCCCAGAAGGCCUGCGCGGCGAUCCCUUCCAGGCAUGCGUGGACAUUGACGAAUGCGAACAAAUCGACGCUUGCGCUCACAACGCCAUCUGCCGCAACGUGGUGGGGGGCAAAGAAUGCUUCUGCCCGCCGGGUUACGAGGGAGACGCUUAUACUACAGGGUGUUUCGAUGCGGACGAAUGUUCACGAGCGAAUCCGUGCGGGAAGAAUGCCGAGUGUUCCAACAUGGAGGGGAGUUUCCGGUGUACUUGUCCAGUGGGGUUCAUUGGGGAUCCUAUGACCGGAUGCACAGACAUUAACGAGUGUGAAUCGAACCCCUGCCCUCCAACCGCCUCCUGCAUCAACACUAACGGCAGCUACUCCUGCUUGUGUCCCGAGGGAUACACUGGAGCAGGAAACGACGACUGCGUGGAUGUCAAUGAGUGUGGACGAUCGGGCGCUUGUGGGAUAAACGCUAAAUGCAUUAACGUACCCGGAUCGUACAAGUGCCUGUGCCCUCAAGGGUUCACUGGCCAGGGACACACGUACUGUGAAAAUAUAAACGAAUGUGAUGCUAAACCAUGCGGAGAUAAUGCCGUGUGCAAAGAUUCAAUAGGAAGUUACACUUGCUCUUGCAAGGAAGACUACACAGGAGAUCCGUUCAAGGGUUGCGUUGAUAUAGACGAAUGUGUGGCACUAGAUAAACCUUGUGGAGCUAGAGCCAAAUGCGAGAAUGCCGUACCAGGAUAUAAUUGCGUUUGUCCGCAAGACACAGACGAAUGUACCGAACACACCGAACACACUUGCGGUCCUUUUUCUGUGUGUACAAACACAGUUGGUAGCUUCCAUUGCGAAUGCGAGAGUGGAUAUGUGGGGGCACCCCCAAUGGUCGAUUGCAAAGCUCCAUGCGAUGACGUUUCUUGCGGUGAUCAUGCUUUUUGCAAGCCUGACGGAAACGAAGCUUACUGCAUCUGCGAGGAUGGGUGGACUUUCGACCCUAAUGAUAUAGCUGCAGGUUGUAUAGAUAUCAACGAGUGUGACACAGUCAAUGGACCUGCAGGUCGUUGUGGAGACAAUUCUAUUUGCACUAAUUUGCCAGGAACAUUCGCUUGUCAGUGUAAAUCGGGGUACUCUGGAAGUCCCAGUCUAGGAUGCAAUGAUAUUGACGAAUGUUCUGAAACGAAUACAUGUGGCACUGGAGCUAUCUGCACAAAUUCGCCUGGCUCUUAUUCUUGCGAAUGUCCCGAUGGUACCGUACCAGAUCCUGACGCAAAUACGAGAUGCAACGAAAUCGUAACCUGUAAAAAUAACGAGGAUUGUCCUGGAAAUGCGAUAUGUGACAAUAAAAAAAGAUGUCUAUGUCAAGAGCCCAAUGUUGGAAAUGAUUGCCGACAUCCAUGUGAAACCACUGAAUGUGGGCCCAACGAACAAUGCAUGCUGGUGAAUCAGGAAGCGACAUGCAUCUGCAGAACCGGAUACACCGGCACCUCUACCAAAUGCGUAGACAUAAACGAAUGCUCCGGCAACCCAUGCCCCACAGGAGCCAUUUGCAAAAAUGAACCCGGAUCAUUUUCAUGCCAAUGUCCCGGAGGCACCACUGGUGACCCAUAUAGAUCGGGCUGUACCAGAACCACUAAAAAUAACGAUUGUUCCGAUACGAACCCAUGUCCUUCCGGCGAACAAUGCAUAUCAGACGACUUUCUGAACGAAAACGUCUGCAUCUGCGUACAAGGAUACGUCAGAGACCACGAGACCGGCAAAUGCCGAGACGCAGAUGAAUGCACCGAGCUGAGAGAAAAGCCGGCAUGUGGAAUAAACGCAGUUUGCAAGAAUUUACCGGGGAGCUACGAUUGUCAAUGCCCACCGGGCUUCAACGGAAACCCUUUUCUGGAAUGUUCUGAGUGCAACAGCCCGGAUUGCCGGUGCCAACCACCCUACAAACUAUACGAGGGAAAUUGCGUUCUAGCUAGCUGCGGUCCCGAUGGAAACUGCCCUAGUGGCGCAGAAUGUAUCACCAUAACGGGAGGUGUCAGCUACUGCGCAUGUCACAAAGGCUACAAAGCCUUAUCUGACGGAUCUUGCGUUGACAUCAACGAAUGCGCAGAACAGGAAGGAGCUUGUGGUUACGGCGCAGAAUGUACGAAUCUGCCCGGCUCGUACGAAUGUAAAUGUCCUGAAGGCUACACGGGGGAUCCUUAUAAUUUACAAUGUUCCCCGGCUCAGAAAAAAUGCAUCAACGACAGAGAAUGUUCCACUAAUGAGAAAUGCAUUCAGCCCGGUGAGUGUGUCUGUCUUCCACCGUACUUCACCGAUCCCCAAGAUGGUGACAAAUGUAAGAGCCCUUGUGAACGAUACCCUUGUGGAAUGAACACGAGAUGCAUUCCAACGGAUCCACCGAAAUGUUCUUGCGAAUUGGGUUUUACUGGAAAUCCCAUGCAAGGAUGUUCAGAUAUCGACGAAUGUGCGGAUGAACCUUGUGCCUAUGGGGCUCGUUGCCUCAAUCAAAAGGGAGGCUAUAAAUGUGUGUGUCCUAGAGGAAUGACUGGGGAUCCUUACAAAUCCGGUUGCAUACUCGAGACUCCGGGUGCUGGGAAGUCUGAAUGUCAGACUAACGAUGAUUGCUCUAGUAUUCUGACAUGUCAAGAAGGAACUUGCAUUAGUCCUUGUGCUACUGUACUUUGCGGUCCGCAUAGUAUAUGCGAACCAGAAAGGCAUCGAGGGCACUGCAGAUGCAAAGUAGGCUAUGAAAUGAACUCACAAGGACAAUGUGUAUCGAUUUGUGAAGGAGUGAUUUGUGCUUCUGGAGCUCAGUGUAUCGUAACCAGCUCAGGACCAAUAUGUAAAUGUUUGGAGGGACUGAUGGGAAAUCCAUUUCCAGGCGGACUGUGCUCCACAGAUAUAUGCUCCAAAGCUAAUCCAUGUGCUAGCUCUUACGUUUGCAUUAACGGUCGGUGCAAACAAAAAUGCCAGGGCGUGAAUUGUGGCGUAGGUGCCCAUUGCGAUCCAAAUACCAAUAAAUGCGUUUGCGAUCAUAUGUUUGUUGGAAAUCCGAACCUCGUCUGUAUGCCACCUAUAACUGGGCCAAAAUGUGAUCCACCUUGUGUUCGAAACGCACAUUGCGAAUACGGAUUAUUGACGAAUAAAUGCGUUUGCAACGAGGGCAACAUCGGGAAUCCUUACGAAUCAUGCGAGAGUAUCGCAGAGAAAACGUGUGGGCCAACUUCAUGCGGAACAAAUGCGGAAUGCAGAAUCACUGCUACCGGAACGGAAUGCUCGUGUAAGCACGGCUUCGCAGGAAACGCAUUCUUUGGUUGCGAGGACAUCAACGAAUGCAACAACAAUGUAUGCGGCAACAGCGCCGUUUGCAUUAACACCCCGGGCAGCUACGACUGUAGAUGCAAAGAAGGCUAUGCCGGCAACCCGUUCGUCAUGUGUACGCAAGUUCAAGGCGGGACAUGCAGAGACCCGGAAAACUGCCAGUGUAGCGACAAACUUCUCUGUCCCAAUGGGUAUAGUUGCGAGAAAGGCCAAUGCUUGAAUUUGUGCAAAAACGUGAGAUGUGGCCCUAAGGCUACCUGCCAAACGGGACGUUGUACUUGCUCUGCCGGCUACUCGGGAGAUCCAAACGAUCUGAGAAAAGGUUGCACCUUGCAAGGACAAUGCAGCAGCAAUUCGGAGUGUCUCGCUACUGAAAUCUGCUUCCAAUCAAGCAAAGAAACAAGAACGUGUUUGGACGCGUGCGGCAAGGUCCAAUGUGGCCCGAACGCUUUGUGUUUGGCCGAAAACCAUAGGUCAACCUGCAUAUGCGUGAACGGCUUUAACGGAGAUCCCAGUGACUUAUCAGUUGGCUGUCAAUUAGAGGAAAGGGUAAUACCGAGAGAGUGCGAAUUCGACACUGACUGUAAAUCCGGCACUAUCUGUUCCGUGGACAAAGAAGGCGUACAAAAGUGCAUAAGCCCGUGUGAAACGGUGGCCUGUGGACCGAACGAAGAGUGUCAACUCGACAACUCCGGACACGCGACGUGUGCUUGUGGAAAAGACCAUAUCUGGAACCCAGUGAAAUCAAUAUGCGAGAAACCAUCUGUGCCGGAUUGCGAAACCAAUGCUGACUGUAAUCCUUCACAAUCCUGUCACCCAGACGCUGUGGGCGUCCUGAAAUGCACAAACGUAUGUUCCCACUUUACAUGUCCAUCAAACUCUGUUUGUAUCGCCGAAUCGCAUGUCGGCCAAUGCCAGUGCCUCACCGGGUAUACAGGAAACCCGAAAGACCGAACCGGAUGCAAACUCGUAGCGCAAGAUAAGUGCAAAUCUGACGCACAAUGUUCUGAGCAAGAUAAUUGCAGGAAACACCACGAGCAAGGUAUACUCAUGUGCUUACCUGCCUGCGAACAAAUUAGUUGCGGGCCCAACGCCCUUUGCAUCGUCAACAACCACGUCGGUCAAUGCCAAUGCCCACCUGGAUCUUAUGUAGGCGAUCCGAACGAUCCGAAAUCGGGCUGCAAAGCAGUACCUUGUGUAUACAACAUUGAUUGUCCUUCGACACAACUGUGCAAUCGAUUAACGUACACCUGCGAGGACGUUUGCGAUGAAGAAUCUUGUGGCAACAACGCCGUUUGCAUAGCCGAAAAUCACAAAGCCGUUUGCCAAUGCCCGCCUGGCACCAAACCUAAUCCACUACCGGAAGUAGACUGCGUUUCAAUAAAUUCCUGCAAGCCGAAUCCGUGUCACAGCACCGCAAUAUGCAGACCGAGUCCUACCGGUUACACCUGCGUCUGCAAGCCUGGAACCGUGGGAGAUGCUUUCACUUCAGGAUGUAGACCAGAAGGAGAGUGUCCGAAAGGAGACGGAGAUUGUCCCCCGCAGUCCAUAUGCAAAUCGGGGAAAUGCGUUAAUCCUUGCGAGCAAGUUUCCUGCGGGCCCAAUUCCUUGUGUACGGUGACCAAUAGAACAGCCAUCUGCAUGUGCCCAGCGAAAUAUGUCCCAGCCAAAGAUGGCCUACAGAAUGGCUGCACGCGAAUCUACAACUCUUGUAGUCAUGACAACGAUUGUGCCAAUGAAGUGUGCGCUAAUGGACAAUGCCGAUCGGUAUGUCGUAACGACAAAGAUUGUGGUCAAGGAGAAAGUUGCUUAGAAAAAGUAUGUUCAAUACCUUGCAGAGAUCACAGCCAGUGUUGGGACGGGCAAGCUUGCGUGAAUGGUUCUUGCACGUUGGGCUGUCGCAGCAAUAAAAACUGCCCGGCUCAGCACGCUUGCGUUAACAACAAGUGCCAAGACCCGUGCCUUGAUGCAGAAUCGUGUGGUCCUAAUGCCGUCUGCUCUUGCAAGGACCACAAAACAAUCUGUCAAUGCCCUGAAGGUUUCAAUGGAAAUCCCACUCCACAACAGGGUUGCAUCAGGGUUCCCGUAUCAUGCCAGCAGAACCAGGAAUGCACUAGCGGGCACAUCUGUCGAGGGAACCAGUGCGGCUUUUCUUGUGAGAAUAACAGCGUUUGCGCAGUUGGCGAGAGAUGCUUCGAUAAUGUAUGCGCCAAAGUUUGUUAUAACGAUAACAACUGCCUACAAGGUGAUAUUUGCCUCAAGGGAGUCUGCCAGCCAGGCUGUGUUAGCGAUAAGGACUGUAGGCCUUCUCAGAUCUGUUCCAAGGGCCAGUGCAAAUGUACGGUAGGCUUCAUCAGAACUCCUCAAGGUUGCACGGAUAUUGACGAAUGUGAAAGGAAACCAUGUCACCCGACAGCCAUUUGCAAAAAUCAACCUGGUUCGUACACAUGUUUAUGCGGGGAAGGAAAAAUUGGCGAUCCUAUAGCAGAGCCAGGGUGCUCUUUGCCUGGACAAUGCCGUCGUGACAGUCAAUGCGACGACAAGUUUGUAUGCAAACAAGGAAAAUGUAGAGAUCCGUGCGAUGGAGCGCGAUGUGGUUCUAAUGCCGUUUGUUCCGUUUCUCACCACCAAAUGACUUGUUCCUGUCCCAGCGGUCACCUAGGAGAUCCAUACGAUACUAAUUUGGGAUGUUUCAAAGUUGAAUGUCUCAAGAACGAGGAAUGCCCAACCAGUCAGUUCUGCGAUGAACAUUCCAACAAAUGCAUGAAUCCAUGCAACGUGGUUAAUUGUGGCAAAGGUACCUGUUCCGUAGAAAAUCAUUACGCCGUUUGCACUUGCCUUCCUGGAUAUGCCCUUAUAGCUGACAAGUGCGUCGAUAUCGAUGAAUGCGCUGACUCCGAUCCAUGCCACGUGACUUCCACAUGUGUCAACACCGAUGGGGGGGUCACGUGUGUAUGUCCCGACGGCCUUGUAGGUGAUCCUAAUGGCACUGGAUGUCGCAAACCUGGAGACUGUUUCACCAACUCUGAUUGUCCCACAACAGCAGCUUGUGAGGGUAACAAGUGCAAAAAUCCUUGUGAUGACUCAAGUUCUUGUGGAAAGAAUGCCGAAUGCAUCCCAGUUAACCAUGCAGCGACUUGCAGAUGUCCUGCGCGGACAAAAGAGGAUACAAACCACGAUUGUAUAAAAAUAGAGUGUGUUAACAACGACGAUUGCGCACAAACUAAGACCUGCGUCAACUCCAAAUGCGAGAAUCCUUGCGAUUUACAAAACAUCUGCGGCGAAAAAGCCACUUGCACCCCUGUAAAUCACAUCGGCGUUUGCGUUUGUGAACCAGGGCUAACCGGUGAUCCCCAUUUGGGAUGCGUUCCCUUCCAGUAUUGCGCAAGCGACAACCAAUGCCCUCUAGGACUAGAAUGCUACAACGGCUUGUGCAUGUCCAUCUGCAAAACUUCCAGAGAAUGCUUCAGCGACCAACUUUGCAUCCAAGGAGUUUGCCAACCGACGUGCAAAACUAACACUUCUUGCCCUGAACAUCUUUUUUGUCAAAACAGCAUUUGCACGCAAGAAGUACGGUGCAGAUUAAAUACGGAGUGUGAUAACAAGGAAAAAUGCUUGGCGAAUAAUCUAGGAAGGGCUGACUGCGUGGAUGCUUGCGAGGGCGUCCUGUGCGGUAGAAACGCAGAGUGUUCUUCAGGGAAUCACAAGGCUUUCUGUCAUUGCAGACCCGGGUUCAAGGGCGAUCCAAACGACGACAAAUUCGGGUGUCAGCCGAUCGAGUGCGAAAAAAACGACCAGUGCUCCAACGACAAACUUUGUGAUCAGUACAUGUGCAAAAUCGCUUGCCUUGUGCACAAUCCAUGCGGAAAAAACGCUUUGUGCUCGGCGGAACGCCACAAGCAGACUUGCUACUGCCAACCGGGUUUCACCGGGGAUCCACACAUGGGUUGUCGGCUCAUCGACUUCUGCGCCGACGUGCCUUGCGGACCAGGAGCUUUAUGCCACAAUUCCCGGGGAUCCUUCAAAUGUCAAUGUCCGCGAGGGUCAGUAGGGGAUCCUUACAACGAGGGAUGCAAAACUCCUUUGGCUUGUACUAACGAUAAAGAUUGCCCGGUGGUAGCAAAAUGUGAACUGGUUAAAGGCCAGGCCAAAUGCAGGGACGUUUGCGAGAACAGAGUGUGCGGGCCUAAUUCUGAUUGCAUAGCGGUGGAUCACGUGGCUCAUUGCAGCUGUAGGAAUGGCUACCAGGGUGAUCCUAAUGAGGGGAAUGUCGGGUGCAGGCCGAAAUUGGUGAAUUGCAAGUCUACAGCGGAUUGUCCGUCGAAUACUUAUUGCUAUGGAGAUGUUUGUAGCCCCUUGUGUGAAUCGAAUGAAGAAUGCCAAGAGAAUGAACAGUGUGUGAAUAGGCAAUGCUCGAAUCCCUGUUCGCUGAGGACGUCAUGUGGCAUCAAUGCGGAAUGCAGGAUUGAGAAUCAUGUCAAGGCUUGCAGUUGUCCGGCUGGUUUCACUGGAAGUCAUGACGUAGAAUGUGUUCGAUUCCCUUGUUCUACAGAAACCGACUGCACCAACGGGAGUGUGUGCAAAAACAACAUGUGCCACCCUCAAUGCAAAACAGACAACGAAUGCGCCUACAACGAAAAAUGCCUGAAAGGCAACUGCCAACUCACCUGCCGCGUUGACAACGACUGCUUCCUGGGCCACAUAUGCGUGCAAAACCUCUGUCUGCACGGCUGCCACAACGACGACGAUUGCGCAGGCUCCGAGUCUUGCAGAAGCAACAGGUGCACCAACCCGUGCAGCCACAACCCGUGCGGGCCGAACGCGCAAUGUGCGGUGUCCAACCAUAGAGCGACCUGCUCAUGCGCAAAAGGCUUCGUGCCGAAUCCCUCGGCCAAAGUUGCUUGCGUCAGAGCUCCUGCACCACCCUGUAAACAGAACAGGGAGUGUCCUAGCGGGGAGAUUUGUAUCGGGGAGGUUUGCAGGAGCGUUUGCUCAUCGGACAAGGGUUGCUUGAGCAACGAGAGAUGUGAUUCUAGCUCUGGCGUGUGCAAACCUAUUUGCAGGAGGGACGAUGAUUGCAGAAGCGAUGAAAUAUGCGAGGGGUUGUCGUGUGUGAUUGGUUGUAGAGGAAAUUCCAAAUGUGCGGCAGAUGAAUCGUGCGUGAAUAAUAAAUGCGUGGAUUUGUGUUCUACUCCGACUGCUUGUGGAUCUAAUGCUAAUUGUUCGGUGGUUGAUCAUCAGAAGCAUUGCAGCUGCGCUGCUUCUCUGACUGGAGAUCCGUUGGAGAGCUGCAAAUAUCCUUCUAGGUCUUGCGAUAAUGACGGUGACUGUUCAAAGGAUCAAACCUGUUACGGAGGUGCCGCAACCAGAUGUAACUCGUUCUGUGAAUGCGACGAAAUCGGAUAUUGCACAAAAUCUUGCAAAAUCCAAUCGGACUGCGCGUGUGGCGAAACAUGCGCCGCAGGAAAAUGCCGCAACAAGUGCGCAUCGCAGUCGUCCUGCGCCCAAGGCCAAAUAUGCUCCCAAGGCGCAUGUCUUCCUGGUUGCAAGACAAACAGCGACUGCCCGAACGCCGAGGUUUGCAAAAACAAAAAGUGCGACAACCCUUGCAAAGUGCGAGGAGCUUGUGGCAAAAACGCCUUGUGCAGAGCUGCCGAUCACCGAAAAGUGUGCUUGUGUCCUGAUGGUUACCAAGGCAACCCAGCUCAAUCUUGCUCCCCAUUCGAGUGCACCAAAGACAACGAUUGCGAGUCGAACAAAAAGUGUGGAGAAGAUAGAGUGUGCAGGAACCCAUGCUUAGAAAAAGGAGUUUGCGGGGUUAAUGCUCAAUGCCGCGUGUUGGAUAGGAACCCCCUUUGCUCUUGCCCGAUAGGCUACAUAGGCAACGCCUUGGUGGAAUGCAAACAAGUUAACGAAGGAUGCUCGAAGAACCCUUGCGGUCCAAACGCGAAAUGUAAAGAACUAGACGGAAGCUCUGAGUGCACCUGUAACCCUGGAUGCAUAGGCGAUGCUCAGAGAGGCUGCGUUUGCGGUAUGGAAUCGGUCGAUUUGUGCAAAAAUAAACUUUGUGGUGCUGGAGCACUAUGUAAGGUCAUCGACAAUAAGCCCCAGUGCUAUUGCCCGGAAAAUAAAUCAUCAGGUGAUCCGACAAUCGAAUGUUCUUCAGAAAAGAGUUUGGCCGACUGUAGAACCGAAGGGUGUGGUAAAAACUCGGAAUGCAUUCGAGAACAGGCGUUUUUCGUCUGCCGGUGUUUACCAGGUUAUGCCGAAGAACCUGGCAAGGGUUGCAUCAGGGCCGCCGAAUGUAACACUGACUUGGAAUGUCCGCAAGAAAACGCAUGCAUCAACUUCCAAUGCAUAGAUCCGUGCACUCUGAGAGGAGCCUGCGGACUGAACGCCCUGUGUCGAACCGUCCUGCACAGACCGAGAUGUUCCUGUCCCGAUUGUCACACCGGUGUGGCUAGCACAGCCUGCCAUCCCGACGAGAAAUGCUUGUCCGUGCAGGGCAGACCCGCUAACACGACCCUGUGUAGAUCAAACACCGACUGCUCUGACGACUCGAGCUGCGAUAUCCCCACGGGAGAAUGCUACGACCCUUGCGCUAACCCGCAGUUCAAAUGCAGGGGUAAUAAAAAAUGCGAGGUCCACCGACACAAACCUACUUGCGUGUGCAAAAACGGUUUCGUGGUGAACGGCUACGGGGAAAUAAGUUGUGCAGCCGACCACACCGAAUGUUACCAGGACGAUCAGUGCCCUGAGAAUAAAGCGUGCUUGGAAGGGCUGUGUCAGAGUCCCUGCACGGUGCAUUUCACAUCCCCCUGCCCACCGGAAAAGGGCUGCGAUGUGGUGAACCACAAGCCGGUAUGCAUCUGUCUGAAAAACUGCUCGCCCUCGCUAUCGAUUUGUCUGAGGGACCAAGGUUGUCCCGUCGAUCAAACUUGUAGAGCGUUCCGGUGCGAGGAUCCCUGUGCCACAGCCAACUGUCCGGAGAACACGCCCUGUCACGUGGAAGACCACAGGGCCGUUUGCCAGUUCUGUCCGCCAGGGUUCGAAUCAGAUGCGAAGUAUGGAUGCGUCCAAGAUGUUUUAUGUCGCUCGCACUCAGAAUGCCAAGAACAACAGGCUUGCAUAAACAAGAAAUGCCAGAAUCCUUGCACCAUUUCGAAUCCAUGUACGCAAUCUCAAGACUGUCAAGUACAAGAUCAUCAGCCAGUAUGCGUAAAAGUUUGCCAAUGUCAACGCCACGAGGACUGUGGAAAUAACUCGAAUUACAAGUGUGACGGUUGCAAAUGCUUCGUUGAAGAAGCUAGAGUGCCACAAUGCCAGCAUUGUCCUCCUGGAGUACCCUGUGAUCCUGUAACAGGAGCUUGUUCCAAAGAUAUGGGUACAACACCUGAAACACUAACCGAAACACAAACUGUGACUCUUUCACAAAUAACAAAUGCUACCUCUACUACCACUCUAACAUUUACUGAACCUGGAAUUAGUGAGGAGACCGUUGCCCCAUACACAUCUGGAACUCCUGAGAAGAAAAUAAGUCUGGCCACAGAAACUAUCGGAUUUUUCACAUCAAACCCCAUAACUACCCAGGAACCAAUGGUUCCUUUCACUAGUGGAUUGAUAGCGUCAACGACUGAAGGGAAAUUAAAGGUCUAUCCAUUGACUACUACAACUGAGAAAUAUAUAACCGUUACUCCUCAAUAUUCGACAACGAACACAGCUGAAAUGAAUGAAAUUACAGUAACAACAUAUGCUUCGUCACAAACUACUACAGAACCAGAAAUUGUGAACGCUGAAAGUUCCCCUACGGUAACGUCAACAACUAUAAUCCCUUCCUAUUCAUCGACAGAUACACCUUCAACAGAAAACAUUCCAUCAACCUCAUUGAUAGAAGAACAAACAACCCUCGUUGGAGGAAAAUCGACAUUACCUGAUAUUAUAGGUCAAACCACGAUUGUUUCGCCAACUGAAACUCCAAGAACUACUAAUGCAUCAACGGGCACUACAGCAGAAUCAAGAACAGAAACAACUACGAAUGUAUUCGAUAAUUUCAUCAAUCAAACAACGACACCAGAAUCAUCCACAGUCAGAGAUAUAGAGACUUCUACUAAACUUAUAACAAUCUCGAAUUCAGUCACUACUCAUUCUCCAACUGAAACCAUGGCACAGUCUUCAACAACAACGACUCAACUGUCUGAAGUCACAACUACUCAAAAACUGUCUGUGUCUAGCUCCACUGGAACUACAACCAUAAUUUCAUCAUCUGAGAGUCAUUCGACUCCACCUCCAGGGAUGGAGUCGACGACAGAAAUAGAAAUAGUAACAGAUAACAAGUUACACACCACUACGAUAUAUACUGAACUAGAUGAAUCAAAAGUAACUGAAGAAAUAUCUUCGCCUGGAAUCGAACAAGAGCAGACCACCAAAUCUUCGACUGGAGUAGCAACUGACGUAACGGAGGAGUCAAGCAGGAAAACAACUGAGGAAUUACCCGAAAUGCAAUCCACAACACAAUCAGUAGCAACAAUAACAUCUGGCAUAGAAUUCACCUCACAACAUAAUACACAUAUGGAAACUUUAACAUUAAGGGAUAAUAUUCCACAAGAAACAACUACCGAGAGAUAUUCUGAAAAACCAGAAGCGUCCACUACUAGUACAACUACAUCUACUUCAUCAACUGACACCACUGGGAUACAUUCAAUUCCGCCUUCAUUGACAGAAACUCCUUCAACAUCAUCGCUAGAUGUAACAUCUGGAGAAGUUACAAUAGUAUCCUCAACAACAAGCUCUGUAGAAACGGAAAUUCCUGGCUCCACAUUAAAAACAGAAAUAGGAAAAAUGACGACUAGAACGGUUACAGAAACACCAACUAUGCUAGUAUCAAAUCAAGAAGGCACGACUACAAAUACACCAAAACUACAGAGCACUACUCCAGAAUCGACUACAGUUGAGAUGCAGACAACAAUAUCUCCAGUGACAAUUUCAGAACAUACCACUGCUGAAAUUUCUUCAGAAGAAAUGUCCACAUCAUCAACUAUAACUGAACCCACACUUAAGGAAAUUACUGAAGGUGUACCACCGGAAGGAAGUCAGUACACAAUGACACCACUUGAUAUGAAAACAGAAAUAGCGCAACAAAGUACUAUUUCAUCAAUAGUUCCUAAUUCUAUCCACGAUACCACAACGAAAAUUCCUGAAGUCAUUACUGUAUCAACACAAAAAUCGGAUGAGCACGCAUCCAAAAAAACUGUUCCCACUGAGAUGAGUUCAGUUAUAACAAGCUCAUCUUUUCUUCAAACAUCAACUUCACCAAAUCGAGUUGAGGCUAGGACCGAAAUGAUACAAGAAACGACAGCAUCCCAAACAGAAACAAUACUUUUGCAGACAGUUACUGGAAGUGAGACUCAUUCCAUGGAACAACCUCGUUCUACAACAGAAUCUGAACUCACAACUGAGAGUACGGUAACUGCUUUCCCAUCUGAAAAGACAAACACUCUGUUCAAGGAAACAACAGUGGACAUAGUAUUGAAAACUACGCAGAAACCUACAACAACUUCAUUCAGUGGAGUCAAUGUUAGCGAAACUGUUAUUGAAGGAACCACAACAGAUGCAGUAAUCAGUGAAUUCACAACUCUUGGCACUCGAGGAACAGAAAAAUCAACUUUAGGAAGUACUAGUGCUUCAAGUACUACAGAUACCAGAACUGAAUCAUUAUAUACAGAUAACAGUACCGAACUCACUACUGAAAAUGUUGGAGAAUCAUCUACGAUGAUUGGAAAGAACAGAGAAACUACACCAGUUGAAAUGAAAACAACAACUGUUAGUAACGAAGUAACUCUGAUUACUACGAAGCCAACAGAACCCACCACUUUGUUGAAUACAACUUUGAGUGAAGAGGCAAUAACAGUGAAAUCGGAAACUACACCUUAUAGCACAUAUCAUACUUCCCAAAUUCCUGUUGAAAUUACUACUGGUACCCCGAUUCAUGAGGGAACUGUGAUGUCAGAAUCACCAUCGGCCUCUGUAACAGAGCUAGUAACAACUACUGAAGCAGAAAAAAAUAUAUAUACAACGCCAAGAGCUAGUGUGACUGAUAGUACAACUCCACAAAAAGCAACAGCUUUCACUGCCAAAACUGAUAUGGAAACCUCUGUUGAAUCGAAGAUGACUCCACAUUCAUUGAUAACUACAGAAACUGGAAUUGAAGAGGCGUCAACAGAAACUGCAGACGUCGAAAAAUCAACUUCUUCACCAACGAGUAAGGCCACGAGUUCAGGAGAAUGGAUUACACAGAGCUCUUUUAAAACAACUAUCAAUCAGCUCACUACUCUUAUUCCAGAAACAACAGCAAUUGUCACUGACACGUUCACUCAAAGCUCCGUUGGGAGUACUCUCAAAGAGACAAUUUCUACUCCAGGUACUGCCAGUACGUUAUUUCAAUCAGAAUCGCCUUCGAGAUUAACUACAGUACCUACUCUGAUUACGGAACAAUCAACCACUAUCACUCCAGAAACAUCAUCUCCGUUGUCACAAUCGGUAAUACCUGGGAGAUCAACGACACAAUCAACUCUUACCACACAUGUAGUUGAAGAGGUUACAACAACAACAACCAGUUAUUCUGAAACCCCUAAUUAUUCACCUACAGAAGCUACAACAUUUGCAAACGAAGAGUUGACACACAGCUCUACUGCGAGCACUCUUAAAGAGACCUUUGCUACUACAGGAACUUCUACUACAUCAUCUCAAUCAGAAACUUCUACAAGAUUAACUACAGUAUCUUAUCCGAGUUCAAAUGAAAUGGAUUUCGAUAAAACUACUUUUAUGCCUACCGAAAUGACAACAACCAUUUCCAAUGAGAUAAUCACACAAAGAUCUGGAGGAACUACUGUUAGUGAGUCAACCACUAUUACUCCAGAAACAUCAUCUCUGUUGGCACACUCGGAAAAACCUGGAACAUUAUCUACGUUUCCAACUCUACCAACACAUGGAGCUGAAGAGAUUUCAACAACAACCACUCAAUCUGAAAAACCUUCUCAUAUACCAACAGAGACGACAACAUUCGCGAGUGAGAGGUCCACACAAAGUUCUAGUGGAAGCACUCUCGAAGAUACUAUUGCCAGUCAGUCAGGAACGUCUACAAAAUCACAUGAAAUGUCAACGCCUACUACAAAUGAAAUAAGAGAGGUUUCAACAGUGAGUACCAUUCAUCCUGAACGAAGUUCGUUUGUGCCUACAGAAACGGAAACCGAAAAUGACAUGAUUACGCAGAGCUAUGGUAUAACCACUAUUGGUGAGACAAUCAGCUCCAUGUCAGAAACAUCUACUCGGUUACCUGGUUCGGAGACUUCAACAAAAGUUACUACCAAAUCCAUUGAUGAGAUAUUCACACAAACCUUUGGUGGAACUACUAUCACUGAACCAAAUACUAUCACCCCAGAAACAUCUUCUUCGUUACCAGAAUCGGAAACAUCUGAGAGAUCGACAAUUAUUCUUGAGAGAACUACGUUUAUAUCAACAGAAAUGGCCCCAAUUGCGAAUGAAACUUCUACACAAAGCUAUGUUGUAACCAUUUCUGGUGAGCCAAUCACCUUUCCUACUUCAUCAUCUCAAACCGAAAAUUCUUCAAAUCCAACAACCACAAAUCCAACAAGUUCUAGAGUAACUACUCUUGGAGAACCUAGUACAUCAGCAAUUGCCCAGCCUGAAACAUCCACAAUAUCAACUAUAUCAUCUGUUCCAACUACAGAAGUAAUUGGAGAAGUAUCAACAAACUCUGGAGGAACAACUAUUGAAGAACAAACCACCGUUACUUCUACUUCAACUUUAGUGUCUCAAUCGGAGAUUUCUUCAAAAUCAUCUACAAUACCAACACAAAGUUAUGUUGAAACCACUCCUAGUGAAGGGAUUUCGACAACUUUGGUUUCUUCAGAUGAAGUGACAGUGGAAUACACUACACAACGUAGUUCAGAAAGCAGUGAGAUUACGUCUGAAAGUAUUUUAUCAACUGAAUCUAUGGUCUCAUAUCCCAACACGAUGAGCACUGGUGAAUCUGGAUCGAGCCCAGUAACUAAACCAGGUAUGGAAAUCACCAAAGGUGAAGGAACUUCUAUAGUAUAUACUUCCUUCACCACUGAAGAAUCACUUAGUACGAAAUCAUCAGAAGUUACUGAAUUAUUCGAAGGAAGACACAGAGUUACUACCGACAUACCUCAAGUACCAACUGAACCUGUAACUCAGUCACAUGAGUUUAGCACUAUUAUGAGUUCAGAGCAUCCUCUAAUAACAGUGACUAAUUUCACCGUAUCUAGAUCUAGCCCAGUUACUGAACCAAGUCUGGAAAUCACCGAAGCUGAAGGAACUACUGUAGCAUAUAAUUCCAUAACCACUGAAAAAUCACUUAGUACGAAAUCAUCAGAAGUUACUGAAUUAUUCGAAGGGAGACACAGAAUUACUACCGACCUACCUCAAGUACCAACUGAACCUGUAACUCAGUCACAUGAGUUCAGCACUAUUAUGAGUUCAGAGCAUCCUCUAAUAACAGUGACUAAUUUCACCGUAUCUAGAUCUAGCCCAGUUACUGAACCAAGUAUUCGAAUCACCGAAGCUGAAGGAACUACUGUAGCAUAUAAUUCCAUAACCACUGAAAAAUCACUCAGCACGAAAUCAUCAGAGGUUAGUGAAUUAUACGAAGGAAGACACAGAGUUACUACCGAAAUAACUGAAGAAUCAACUGAACCGGUAACUCAUUCACAUGAGUUGAGCACUGUCAUGAGUUCCGAGCAUCCUCUAAUAAUAGUGAAAAAUGUCACCAAUGAAGUUGGAUCACAGUGUAACUCUAACAGGGAUUGUUCUGGUAUAGAGGUGUGUAUAGCGAAACUUUGCAUCGAGGUUUGUGCAAUAGGAGAACCACCUAGUCAAAGGGCACCUAAACCUUGCAAGUCUGAUAUGGACUGUCUCGAGAGCGAGGCAUGUUACAUGUCGCUGUGCCAAGACCCUUGCGAAUUUACGAACGCCUGUGCAAAAUCUGCUAGAUGUCAAGCGAAGAUGCACAGGCCAAUUUGUACUUGUCCAACUGGAUACGAAGGAAACCCUGCAACUAACUGCUUCAAAUCUCCCACAACGAGUUGCACGAGGAACGAAGACUGCUCCAUCACAGAAGCUUGCAUUGACAGUGCCUGUCAGGAACCUUGCGGCAAGAGAAAUCCAUGUGCACAACAUGCCAUCUGUAUAAAUACGAAUCACGGAUCCGAUUGUCUCUGUGAAGAAGGUUUCCAAGGCAACGGCUAUGUAGGAUGUGUGCCAGUGAUAGACUAUAAACCGAUAUGUCAAUACAACGAAGAUUGUCCACCGAACAAACUAUGCGAUAGACUCAACAGGAUUUGUAUCAAUCCUUGCUUCGAAGAUUCUUGCGGAGAGAAUGCUGAAUGCUUACCGAAAGAUCACGGUAUAGAAUGCCGUUGUUUGAACGGUUUCCACGGAAAUCCAUAUACCGAAUGUUUGGGUAUACAGGGUUGUAGAUCGGACGAAGAAUGUGACUCGAACGAGGCUUGUAUAAACGGCCAAUGCGCUUCACCUUGCAGAUGUGGCAUGAACGCUAUCUGUGACGUUAUUUACCACGUCGCCAAUUGCAAAUGCCCUCCUGGUUAUAUUGGAAACGCACUCGUAGGGUGUCAGCCACCUUCAAACCCUUGCGACCCGAACCCAUGUGGACUCAACGCUCUCUGCGAACUCGAUAACGGCAAUCCGAUCUGCUUCUGUCCUAAGGGCCUCACAGGAAAUCCAUUCAAAAAUUGCAUUCCAGAAGGUGAUGAGUGUUCUCCGAAUCCUUGUGGUCCAAACUCGGGCUGUCGAGUAGUAGGCGGUGACGCUGUUUGUUUCUGUCUACCAGAGUUCGAAGGAACACCACCCCAAACACCCUGUGCCUUACCAUCGAACCCAUGUGAUCCAUCCCCUUGUGGUCCCAACACCCAAUGCACGAUCCUUUCCAACGGUUUCGCCAAAUGCACCUGCUUACCCGGUUUCCUAGAAAGUCCCAACACCAUCCGUGGUUGUGUAGAGACGAAAAACCCUUGCGAACCGAACCCUUGCGGUCACGGUGCUCGCUGUGAUCCUCUAAGCGAACCAGUAUGCUUCUGUCCUACAGGAACUAUCGGAAAUCCUUUCAAGACUUGCAACGAGCCUCAAGUAACGGCUUUAUGUACUCCUGGACCUUGCGGGGUGAACUCAGACUGCUAUGUAUCCAACAAUCAAGAGCAGUGUUAUUGCAAGCCGGGAUUCAUCGGCAAUCCGUAUUCGGGCUGUCGAUUGGAACCGACAUCGCCGUGUCUUCCCAAUCCUUGUGGACCUGGUGCUCACUGCAUUGUGACACCUGAAGGACAUUCCAUGUGUCGCUGUCCAGAAGGUAUGGGUGGAGAUCCUACCGGACCUGCUGGUUGCCACGGUUACGAAUGUGUGGUGGAUGGCAACUGUCAGCUGCACGAAGCUUGCAUAGGAUACAGGUGCAAAGACCCUUGUCCAGGAUCUUGCGGGGUAAACGCGAACUGCAGAGUUGAACAACAUCAUCCGGUAUGCACGUGCGAUGCUGGAUGCACAGGGAAUCCCGAUAUCCGUUGUUACCCGGUGCCAGAACCUCUACCGGUAGAUAAUUCUUGUAUGCCAAGCCCUUGCGGGUUCAACACGCUUUGCCAAGUUGUUUCUGGCAGAGCUGUUUGUUCCUGCUUGCCAGAUUUCCAAGGCGACCCUCAGUUUGGUUGUCGUCCGGAAUGUGUACUCAACUCGGACUGUCCAAUAAGUAAGGCUUGUCUGAACAGGCAUUGCGUUGACCCUUGUGGCAUUGCGAACUUGUGUGGCGUUCACGCUACCUGUCAGGUCAGGGAUCAUACUGCUACCUGUCUAUGCCCUCCAGGUUAUAUAGGCGAUCCUUUCUCCCAAUGUAUCUUCACUCCACCGGUUACUAUUCCAACUUAUCCCAACACCACCGUUCAGCCAUGUCUUCCUUCACCGUGUGGAUCGAUGGAAUGUAAUAUUUAUGGUACUCAAGUAGCUAUUUGUGAUCCGUGCUUGGGACCAGAAGCUGCCUACAAUCCUAAGUGCAGACCAGAAUGUUUGACCAAUGCCGAUUGUCCAUUCAAUAGAGCUUGUUUGGGCUUGUCUUGCGUCGAUCCUUGUCCUGGAUCAUGCGGGGUAAACGCCAUUUGUACUGUAGUACAACACACACCUGUUUGUAGCUGUCCCCAAGGGCUUUUUGGUGAUCCUUUCCAACACUGCUCAGUACCUUUAAAACCAGAACCACAUAUCGAAACCUGCGAGAGUAUCAGCUGCGGAGCCAAUGCUGACUGUAAACAACUGACGAAUGCUCUAGCUUGUGUGUGCAAGCCAGGUUUCUUCGGGAACCCGUGGAUUUCUUGUCGUCCAGAAUGUGUAGUGAAUCCAGAUUGUCCGCUAAAGCAAGCGUGUAUAAACAACAAGUGCAUAGAUCCUUGUGGGGGUGUUUGUGGUAAUGGUGCCCAUUGCGAUGUGACUAAUCACAUUCCGAUUUGCUAUUGCCCACCAGACUCUACAGGCAACCCGUUCGUUUCCUGUUACGGUUACAAACCAACAGUGGAAGUUACACCAAGCUUGCACCCAUGCGAUCCCUCGCCUUGUGGUCCGUUCAGUAGGUGUAUGAUUUCGCAACAAGGUUUCGCUACUUGUUCUUGUCUUCCGAAUUAUCAAGGCGCUCCACCCGCUUGCAAACCUGAAUGCAUCGUCAGCUCGGAAUGCUCGCAAAUGAAGGCGUGUGUCAACCAAAAAUGUGUGGAUCCGUGUGUCGGGUCUUGUGGAGCCAAUGCCAUCUGCACCGUCAUCAAUCACAAUCCGAUUUGUAGCUGUACGCCGGGACAACAAGGUGAUCCCUUCGUCAAUUGUUACACUCCACCUGUAACGGAGAAACCGAAAGAUGCUGAAAACCCUUGUGUACCAAGCCCGUGUGGACCAAACUCGAUAUGCCAGGUCAAAGAAAACAGACCGGUUUGUUCCUGUCAAGUCAACUACAUCGGCAGUCCACCAUAUUGCAGACCGGAGUGUACGAUAAACCCUGAGUGCCCGAGAGAUAAGGCUUGCAUCAAAGAAAAAUGUGUCGAUCCUUGUUUCGAGUUAUGCGGCCGAAAUGCCAAGUGCAACAUCGUCAAUCACAAUCCGUUCUGCAGCUGCUUGCCUGGUUAUGAAGGCGAUGCCUUUAUAGGCUGUUCGAGGAUACCCAUCGUGGUUGAACCUCGGGAUCCGUGCAAUCCAUCACCUUGCGCGGAAAAUUCGCAGUGUUCGGUGAAUGCAGGGGUAGCUAGAUGUACCUGCAUCCCGCCUUACAUCGGAAAUCCUUACGUCAGCGGUUGCAGGCCUGAAUGUACGAUGAAUUCUGACUGUGCCAGUCAUUUGGCUUGUUUGUCACAAUACUGCAGAGAUCCUUGUCAGGGUUUGUGCGGGAUCAAUGCCGAAUGUACGGUUGUCAACCACGUACCAGUUUGUACUUGCGGUAGGGGAUUGACAGGAGAUCCAUUCACCGCUUGCAGAGAACGAUUGCCUCAACCACCAACGAAUCCAUGUGAACCCAGUCCUUGCGGACCUAACAGCGUCUGUCGAAUGAGGAACGAUCAAGCGAUCUGUUCCUGCCAAGUAGGGUACUUUGGCACUCCGCCAUCUUGUAGGCCAGAAUGUUUAGUUUCUUCGGAAUGCAGCUCGGAUAAGGCGUGUAUCAAUCAAAAGUGUCAGGAUCCUUGUCCUGGAACUUGCGGUAUCGCUGCCAGAUGUCAAGUCAACAAUCACAAUCCCAUAUGCAGUUGCCCGGCUAACUUCGUAGGAGAUCCUUUCAUUCAGUGUACGAAAAUGGUGAAACCGGAAAGACCAACAACCCCGUGUAUACCAUCCCCAUGCGGAGCGAAUGCGGAGUGCCGCACGGUAGACAACAGAGCCGUAUGCUCGUGCCUACCAGAUAUGUUCGGGGCACCUCCGAACUGUCGACCCGAGUGCCUCAUCGACCAGGAUUGCCCCUUGAAUCUAGCUUGCAGCGGCAACAAGUGCAAGGAUCCCUGUAAAGGGGUGUGCGGGUUCAACACCCAAUGUCGAGCUGUCAACCACAGAUCGAUUUGCAACUGUCUUUCUGGUUUCGAAGGUGAUCCGUUUUCAGGAUGCAGUCCGAUACCAGUAGUCGUAGAAGAACCGCGAAACCCUUGUAACCCAUCUCCUUGUGGGUCCAACGCGCGAUGCACCGAAAGAAAUGGCGCUGGUGCUUGUACAUGUUUGACCGGAUAUUUUGGCGAUCCAUAUUCGGGUUGUAGACCAGAAUGUUUGACGAACACCGAUUGUUCGCACGACAAAGCUUGCACGAACAUGAAGUGCAGUGAUCCGUGUCCAGGCAGUUGCGGAUUGAACGCUGAAUGUUCGGUCGCCAACCACAAUCCCAUAUGCUAUUGCCCGGAAGGUUUCACAGGAAACGCUCUGUCACUUUGCAGGAAAUUCGAACCUAGUAAGACCAACAACACCUCGAGAGUCAUUCGUUGCAUAAAUGCACCUCCAAACUGCAGACCAGAAUGCGUUGUCAACUCUGAAUGCCCACUCGAUAAAGCCUGUCAGAAUCAGAAAUGCAUUGAUCCGUGCCCUGGAACCUGUGGCUUCAACGCAUUGUGCAAAGUUAUAGUACAUAGCCCCAUUUGUAGCUGUCCACAAUCAUUCGUGGGUGAUCCGUUCACCACUUGCUUCAAGGAAGAAAAACGCCCAGAUAUCGAACUGCCUAAAAAUCCUUGUUUACCAUCACCUUGUGGAUUGUAUGCGGAAUGCCGAGUUCUAGAGAACAGACCAGUUUGCUCUUGCCUAGAAAACUAUUAUGGCCAACCACCGAAUUGCAGACCAGAAUGCACAGUUAAUUCUCAGUGUCCUUCAUCUCUGGCUUGUAUAAAUCAGAAAUGCCAGGAUCCUUGCCGUGGAUCCUGCGGAUCGAAUUCUGAGUGUAGCACCAUCAAUCAUUCCCCAGUUUGUUUCUGUGCUCCUGGCUAUACGGGAGAUCCAUUCUCUGGUUGCUACGAAUAUCAACCUGCAAUCGAAGAACCUGCUCAUCCAUGUAAUCCUUCUCCUUGUGGAGCAAAUGCGAUUUGUAGAGAACUCAACGGUGCUGGAUCAUGUACAUGUUUACCAGAGUAUUUUGGAGAUCCUUACUCAGGUUGCAGACCAGAAUGUGUUGUCAAUUCUGACUGUCCUCGCGAAAAAGCUUGCGUGAAUAACAAAUGUGGAGAUCCUUGUAUUGGUACUUGCGGACUGAACGCCAACUGUCACGUGAAUAAUCACAUACCGACUUGUACCUGUAUACCAAGCUAUACAGGAGAUCCUCUAAGGUCCUGCUAUUACAUAUCGGAAAAACCUCCUGUGAUAGAAGAACCCAGUGAUCCUUGUAUACCGUCACCUUGUGGUCAGUUCAGUCAGUGCAGGACAGUGAAUGAUCAUGCGGUGUGCUCUUGUUUACCAAACUAUAUAGGGUCACCUCCCAUGUGUAGACCCGAAUGCUUAGUUAGCACUGAUUGUGCUCAAGAUAGAGCAUGUAUAAACCAAAAAUGUAAAGACCCAUGUCCAGGAACAUGUGGACUGAAUGCCAGAUGUCAUAUAACUAAUCACAAUCCAAUAUGUAGUUGUCCACCUGGACAAACAGGAGAUCCUUUUAUACGAUGUAUUCAAGAACAAAGGCGCCCCAUAGUUGAACCAAGCGGUAAUCCAUGCAUACCUUCACCUUGUGGUUCCAAUUCUCAAUGCAGAGCUAUUGGCACACAAGCAGCAUGUUCUUGUCUACCGAAUUUCAUCGGAAGGGCUCCAAACUGUCGCCCAGAAUGUACCAUAAACGCAGAGUGCUCGGGAAAUUUGGCUUGCAUCAAUGAGAGAUGUAAAGAUCCCUGUCCAGGAUCAUGCGGUUCAAGUACUACUUGCAUCGUCAUCAAACACUCACCCAACUGUCAAUGUCAAAGUGGAUUCACUGGAGAUCCUUUCUCCGGUUGUUCUCCUAUUCCAAUUCUACCGAUAGAAGAGCCUAUGCCAUGCAAUCCUUCUCCCUGUGGGGCGAACGCCGUUUGUAAAGAACUAAACGGGGCUGGCUCUUGUACUUGCAUAUCGGACUAUUUUGGCGACCCCUAUACGGGAUGCAGACCAGAAUGCGUGAUCAACACAGACUGCCCGAGAGACAGAUCUUGUUUAAACAAUAAAUGUAGGGAUCCUUGUCCUGGAACUUGCGGGAUCAACGCCGAAUGCAGAGUUUCCAACCACGCACCCUCUUGCUUCUGUUUCGAAGGAUAUACCGGCAAUCCAGCCACUUCGUGCCAUUUACCACCACCCAUUGAGGAAAGACCUAGGUCAGAACCUUGCCGACCUUCACCUUGCGGGCCCUACAGUCAAUGUAGAGUUGUAAAUGGCCACGCUGUUUGUUCUUGCCAAGCGAAUUAUGUCGGGUCCCCGCCAAUGUGCAAACCAGAAUGCAUGAUCAGUGCCGAUUGCUCCUUAGACCAAGCGUGCAUCAACACCAAAUGCCAGGACCCUUGCCCAGGAACUUGUGGCCUAAAUGCAAGGUGUCAGGUGCUCAAUCACAACCCGAUAUGCAGUUGUCCACUGAACUUUGUAGGGGAUCCGUUCGUGAGGUGUUUGAAGGAAGAAAAAACUCCGGUGGUAGCUCCUCCGGAAGACCCUUGUAGGCCUAACCCUUGUGGGUCAAAUUCUCAGUGCAGAGUCAUCGGUAACACUCCGGCAUGUUCUUGUCUACCCAACUAUGUGGGUAGAGCACCCAAUUGCAGACCAGAAUGUUUGAUAAAUGCUGAAUGCCCGAGUAAUUUAGCUUGCCAAAGAGAAAAAUGCACGGAUCCUUGUCCAGGAUCAUGCGGGGCUAAUACAGAGUGUAUAGUUAUCACACAUAGGCCGGUGUGUUCUUGUAGAACAGGAUUCACUGGGGAUCCGUUCGGAGGUUGUAGUGUGAUACCAAUUAUCCAACCGACUGAAGCGCCUCCAACUCCAUGUGACCCCUCACCCUGUGGAGCCAACUCUAUAUGCAAAGAAAGGAACGGAGUAGGUUCAUGUACAUGUUUGCCUUCUUAUCUCGGAGAUCCUUACACUGGUUGUAGACCAGAAUGUGUCACUAAUUCAGAUUGUCCGAGAGAACUGUCUUGCGUCAACAACAAAUGCAAAGAUCCCUGCACUGGCACUUGUGGACUGAACGCCGAAUGUCACGUGAUCAAUCAUGCACCAUCCUGCUCUUGCUUGCCAGGAUACACGGGAAAUCCCAUUACAUCUUGCCGACUACCUCCUCCACCUAUUGAGGAGCCUGCCAAUCCAUGUGUACCUUCUCCUUGCGGGCCUUAUAGUAAUUGUAGAGAGAUAAACGGACAUGCUGUGUGUUCUUGCCAAUCGAAUUAUAUCGGCACACCACCUACAUGCAAGCCAGAGUGCAUGGUAAGCUCUGAGUGUCAACAGAAUAGAGCAUGUAUCAAUAAUAAAUGUCAGGAUCCUUGUCCUGGAACGUGUGGAAUAAAUGCGAGAUGCCAAGUUGUCAACCACAAUCCGAUUUGUAGUUGUUCCGCGAAUUACGUCGGAGAUCCUUUCGUUAGAUGCAUAUUAGAAGAGAAAAAAGCUGUUACUGAACCUAGUGGUAACCCUUGUAUUCCUUCACCUUGUGGACCGAAUUCUCAAUGUAGAGUGAUAGGUGUUCAAGCUGCAUGUACUUGUAUACCGAAUUAUUUAGGUAGAGCACCAAAUUGUAGACCAGAAUGCAUGAUAAACGAAGACUGUUCUGGAAAUCUAGCAUGCCAAAAUGAACGAUGCAUAGAUCCUUGUCCUGGAUCUUGUGGCUCAUUCACCACUUGUACAGUAAUCAAGCAUGCUCCUGUAUGUCAAUGCACCAGUGACUAUACUGGUGAUCCAUUCACCGGAUGCUCUUUCAUACCACCUACUCCUGUUACUGAAAGUCCUCGGAACCCUUGCAAUCCAUCACCUUGCGGUUCCAACGCCGUUUGUAAGGAAAGAAACGGUGCUGGGUCUUGCGCAUGUUUGCCGGAAUAUUUCGGAGACCCAUACACCGGUUGUAGACCGGAAUGUGUAACGAAUACAGACUGCGAUCGCAGCAGAGCAUGCACUAAUAACAAAUGUGUCGAUCCAUGUCCAGGCACUUGCGGUCUGAAUGCCGAAUGUAGAGUUAUCAAUCAUGUUCCUUCGUGUACUUGCAUCAUAGGAUACUCUGGUGAUCCUACUAGAGCAUGCAAUUUAAUUGAACCUGUUGUAGAAGAACCACAGAAUCCUUGUCAACCUUCACCAUGUGGACCAUACAGUCAAUGUCGUGAAAUCAAUAAUCAUGCUGUUUGCUCGUGUAAUGUCGGUUACAUAGGUUCACCUCCUAUGUGUAGACCUGAAUGUAUAGUGAGCUCGGAAUGCUCUCAAGAUAAAGCAUGUGUAUCACAAAAAUGUACUGAUCCAUGUCCUGGUACAUGCGGUAUAAAUGCGCAAUGCAGAGUAGUCAAUCACAAUCCUAUUUGCAGCUGCUCACCAGGAUAUACAGGAGAACCUUUCACUCGCUGCUCUAAAAUCGAACUACCUUCACCUUCUAAAGAUAUUGGGAACCCAUGCGUACCAUCGCCGUGUGGGGCUAACUCCCAAUGUAGAGUUAUUGGUACCCAACCUGCAUGUUCUUGCUUGCCCAAUUUCAUAGGUCGUCCACCCAACUGUAGACCAGAAUGUAUUAAUGACUCGGAAUGUCCUAAUAACCUGGCAUGUAAAAAUGAGAAAUGUAGAGAUCCGUGUCAAGGAUCGUGUGGUAACAAUGCUCAAUGCACUGUGGUUAAUCACCAUCCAACUUGCUCGUGUCUUCCUGGAUAUAACGGAGAUCCGUUCAGUUCUUGUUCUUUAACGCCACUGAUCACAGAACGUACACCUCCAUCGACGCCAUGUUUUCCAUCACCUUGUGGUCCCAACGCAGAAUGCCGCGAGAAAAACGGAGCCGGAGCCUGCAUCUGUCCAUCCGGGUACCAAGGUGACCCCUAUGACAGCAACCGUGGUUGCCAUCGAGAAUGUGAAAUCAACGAUGACUGCUCCUUCAACUUGGCUUGCGUUUCCUAUAAAUGCAUCGAUCCCUGCCCUGGCACCUGCGGAGCCUUGGCAGAGUGUCACGUGACUAAACACGCGCCGACUUGCUCGUGCCCAGCUGGCUUGACCGGCGAUCCGUUCUUCCAGUGCAAGGAAAUUCCGAUAGAGCGACCGAGAAUCCCUGAAAAUCCUUGUCAACCUUCUCCAUGUGGACCGAACAGUCAAUGCAAACAAGUGAACAAUCAAGCGGUGUGCUCUUGUCUGCCUAGUUAUAUGGGCAGCCCGCCUAAUUGUAGGCCGGAGUGUGUUGUUAGCUCAGAAUGCAGCGCUGACAGGGCCUGCAUCAAUCAGAGAUGCAGCGAUCCUUGUCCAAAUACUUGCGGACUAGGAGCCCAAUGCACGACCAAGAAUCAUAACCCGAUAUGUGCCUGUCCACCAGGCUACACAGGCGAUCCAUUCUUGAGAUGUUCUCCACAACCUAUCAUUGAAGAACCGACACCAACGGAACGACCACCGUCUUGCCAACCUUCACCAUGUGGUCCGAAUUCGCAAUGCAAGAUCAUCGGGAACACACCGUCUUGCUCUUGUUCACCAAACUUCAUAGGAUCUCCGCCAAACUGCAGGCCAGAGUGUGUCCUCAACACAGACUGCAACAAUCAACUCGCUUGCAUCAACCAGAAAUGCACUGAUCCUUGUCCAGGCUCAUGCGGAAUAAACGCCUUGUGUCACAUCAUCAACCAUCUACCGAUAUGCACAUGCUUAGGUGGAUACACCGGUGAUCCAUUCACCCAAUGCAACCUGGUUCUGGCAAUAGUCACCCAACGUCCUAUAGACCCUUGCAACCCUUCACCGUGCGGGCCAAACGCACAGUGCGAUAAUGGAGUUUGUUCGUGUCUUCCCGAGUACCUUGGCAACCCUUACGAAUCCUGCAGACCAGAAUGCGUCCUCAGCACGGAAUGUUCCAGAGACAAAGCUUGCAUCAGGAAUAAAUGCAAGGAUCCUUGUCCAGGAACUUGCGGACAAAAUGCUCGCUGUGACGUCAUCAACCACAUACCAACCUGUUCCUGUCCGGACGGCUUCACCGGAGAUCCUUUCACUAGCUGUAGGGUAGCAGAACAACCUCCUAGGACACCACAAGAUCCUUGCAACCCUAGCCCCUGUGGCCCGAACAGCCAGUGUAGAAACGUCAAUAACCAGGCAGUGUGCUCUUGUAUAGUGGGCUAUCAAGGCAGCCCGCCAUCGUGUAGACCAGAGUGUCUUUCCGGGUCGGAAUGCGCCCAGAACCGCGCAUGCGUCAACCAAAAGUGCAUCGACCCUUGCCCUGGUUCUUGCGGCAUCAAUGCCCGUUGCGAGGUGAGGAACCACAGCCCGAUUUGCAGCUGCCAGGAGGGCCAAACCGGAGAUCCGUUCCAGAGUUGCCGUGAAGUGCCGAAAGAAGCGCCACCACCGAUCCCGAAAAACCCUUGCCAGCCUUCACCGUGUGGUCCGAACUCCGUGUGUCGCAUAGCAGGAGAGUCUCCUUCGUGUAGCUGUCAGGAAAAUUACAUCGGAAGUCCGCCGAACUGUAGACCAGAGUGCGUUAUCAGCCCGGAUUGUUCCAGCACCGAGGCUUGCAUCAACAACAAAUGCAGGGAUCCUUGUCCGGGCAGUUGUGGUGUGAAUGCCGAGUGUAGGGUGAUCACCCACACGGUUUCUUGCUACUGUUCCACCGGUUUCUCAGGAAAUCCUUUUGUACAGUGCGUCCCGCAGAGAGAAGAGCCUGUGAAUCCUUGCGAACCUUCGCCUUGCGGCGCUAAUGCCGAAUGUAAACAGAGAAAUGGAGCUGGUUCAUGUGUUUGUGUUCAGGACUACCAAGGAAAUCCGUACGAGGGUUGCAGGCCGGAAUUUCCUACGGAGCCUACAGUAGUGGAUCCUUGCAGCCCCAGUCCUUGCGGUCGGUACAGCCAGUGCAGAAACGUUAAUGACCAACCAGUUUGUUCCUGUUUACCCGAGUACAUCGGUUCUCCUCCCAAUUGCAAACCAGAAUGCAUUGUUAGUUCGGAGUGUCCGCAAAAUCGUGCUUGCCACAAGUUCAAGUGUGCCAACCCUUGUGCUGGCACAUGCGGGGUAGCAGCUAGAUGCGAAGUGAUAAAUCACAACCCGAUAUGCAGUUGCACAUCUGGGCUGACAGGAGAUCCUUUCGUGAGAUGCUACGAAUUACCGCCAAUUCCACCACCGACUUCAAGACCAUCGCAGAAUCCUUGUAUUCCAUCCCCUUGCGGACCAAAUUCGGAAUGUAGGGUUACAGGAGACCAGCCUUCUUGCUCUUGUCGAACAAACUACAUGGGUUCACCGCCGAAUUGUAGACCUGAGUGCGUUGUCAACACCGAUUGCCCGUCGAAUUUAGCUUGCAUCACGGAAAAGUGCAGGGAUCCUUGUCCUGGCUCGUGUGGCUUCAACGCCGACUGCAGGAUACAGAACCACAUCCCGAUUUGCACUUGCUCCCCUGGCUAUUCCGGGGAUGCUUUCACCGAAUGUACCAGGAUACCGCCGCCUAAGGAAAACUUGCCCGUCGAUCCUUGUAACCCGUCACCUUGCGGGUCCAACGCCCAGUGCAACAACGGAGCUUGCUCUUGUUUGCCAUUGUAUCUGGGAGAUCCUUAUGUUGGUUGUAGACCUGAGUGUACUAUGAACACGGAUUGUUCUCCUAGGAAGUCGUGUAAUAAUUUGAAGUGUGUUGAUCCGUGUCCGGGUACUUGCGGUCAAGGGGCUGUUUGCGAUGUGGCCAAUCACAUUCCUUCGUGCAGCUGUCCAGCUGGACAGGAAGGAGAUCCGUUCACGAUUUGCAGACCGAUUAGAAGGAAUGACACCCCUCAAAAUCCAUGUCAACCAUCCCCUUGCGGAGCAAACAGCCUUUGCAGAGUGAACAAUGGCGUCGCGGUUUGCUCCUGCCAGCCAACUAUGAUCGGCACUCCGCCAUCUUGCCGACCAGAAUGUCUGGUCAGCGCAGAGUGUCCUCUCACGCAUGCAUGUUUGAAUAAGAAGUGCGUGGAUCCGUGUCCAGGAACCUGCGGUUUGAAUACCAGGUGCCAGGUCAUCAACCACAACCCGAUUUGCAGCUGCACGCCAGGAAAUACCGGGGAUCCUUUCGUUAGGUGUUAUCCACUACCAAAAGCCGUAUAUCAAGGACCAGAAAACACCAACCCUUGCCAACCAUCCCCCUGCGGAACGAAUGCCCUUUGCAAAGAAAGAAACGGCGCUGGUUCGUGCGUUUGUCUCCCGGAUUACACUGGGAACCCUUACGAAAGCUGUCGCCCAGAGUGUGUCCAAAACGCGGACUGUCCAUCCAUCAAAGCGUGCAUGAGAAGCAAAUGCGUAGAUCCUUGUCCUGGCACUUGUGGCACUAACGCCAUCUGCCGAGUCAUAAACCAUUCUCCUUCCUGCAGUUGUCUGCCUGGAUACACCGGUGAUCCUUUCAGAUACUGCGACAUAGUUAUCCAAGAAAGUAAGGAACAAAUGAACAACAACACCUUGGCCAUGAAUAAUGAAGUGUUCAUUCCCUAUUUAGCCCAGCGGAAUGUAAGUAACGCACAACCUUGUGAGCCAUCUCCAUGUGGACCAAACAGCCAAUGCAGAGAAACAAAUGGCCAUGCUGUUUGUUCCUGCUUACCCACUUAUAUUGGUAGUCCUCCAGGUUGUAAGCCAGAAUGCAUUGUGAGUUCAGAAUGUGCUGCAAAUAGAGCGUGUAUUAAUCAAAAAUGUGUCGACCCUUGUCCCGGCACGUGUGGCCUCAACACCAAGUGCCAAGUGAUAAAUCACAGCCCAAUUUGUAGUUGCCACAAUCAAUACACUGGAGACCCAUUCACAAGAUGUUAUCCUAUGCCUCCUCCAUCAUUUAUACCCGAAGUAGAACCAAUCAGACAACCUUGUAAUCCAUCACCUUGCGGCCAGAACGCUGAAUGUAGGGAUAUAGGUGGAUCACCCUCGUGUUCUUGUCUACCUGAGUAUAUCGGAAGUCCUCCGAACUGUAGACCAGAGUGCACUAUCAAUCAGGACUGCCCGAGCAACUUGGCUUGUAUCCGAAAAAAAUGUGUGGAUCCAUGUCCUGGUUCUUGUGGUCUUAGCGCCAUUUGUAACGUAUUCAACCAUAACUCUGUUUGCGUAUGCCCCGUAGAUUUUACAGGUGAUCCCUUCACGCACUGUCAUCCAAAACCCCAAGAAGUUGAACCGGUUGUAAUUGGAGAUAAAUGCAACCCGUCUCCAUGCGGACCAAAUGCUCUUUGUAGGGACGGUAUAUGCUCGUGUCUUCCUCUGUAUCGAGGAGAUCCUUACAGGGGUUGUAGGCCCGAAUGCGUUCUGAAUAACGAUUGUCCGAGAGAUAAAGCUUGCAUCAGGAAUAAAUGCGCCGACCCGUGUCCUGGAACGUGUGCAAACACUGCAAUUUGUGAAGUUAUCAACCAUAUACCCAUGUGCAGCUGUCAAGCAGGUUUGACCGGAAAUGCAUUCGUUGCAUGCAGACUCAUAGAAAGUACGUAUGAUCUCAUCAAAGUCGAAGACUGUCUCUCAAUGAUAAUGAUUUCAGAUCCUCCUAAUCGAAACCCCUGUAAUCCAACACCAUGUGGGCCAAAUAGUCAAUGCAGAGAAAUUAACGGUCAAGCUGUUUGUUCUUGUGUACUUGGUUACAUAGGAAGUCCUCCGACGUGUAGACCAGAGUGUAUAACGAGCUCUGAGUGUUCGUUAGUACACGCCUGCGUUAACCAAAAAUGCGUGGACCCUUGCCCUGGUUCGUGUGGCCUGCAGGCCAGAUGCCAGGUUGUAAAUCACAGUCCCAUUUGUACUUGCCCAGAUAACCUCAUCGGGGAUCCUUUCACCAGAUGCCUAGCAAAACCUAUCGUUGAGCCAGUUACGGAAUUCGUAGAUCCAUGUCGACCGAGUCCUUGCGGGCCUAAUUCGGAAUGCAGAGUAACCGGUGAAUCUCCUUCUUGUUCUUGUCUCCCGGAAUUUACCGGUUCGCCUCCGAAUUGUCGUCCAGAAUGCGUUGUCAACAGUGAAUGUUCCUUCGAUUUGGCUUGCAUGAAUAAAAAGUGCCAGAAUCCUUGUGCUGGAGCCUGUGGAGCGAACGCCGAAUGCAGGGUAGUCAGCCAUACUCCCAAUUGCGUUUGCCAGAGCGGUUACCAAGGUGAUCCUUUCACUCAGUGCAACCUGAUACAACACCAAGAAGUCCAAGUUUAUGUUAAUCCGUGUGUUCCUUCCCCUUGUGGAGCGAAUGCAGUGUGCAAAGAAAGAAACGGUGCUGGCUCUUGUAUCUGUUUACCGGAGUAUAUCGGCAAUCCUUACGAGGGUUGUCGCCCGGAGUGUGUUCUGAAUUCAGAUUGCCCUUCGAACAGAGCUUGCAUCAGGAAUAAAUGUAACGACCCUUGUCCCGGUACAUGUGGCCUGAACACCAACUGCCAGGUUAUAAACCAUUUGCCAGCUUGUACUUGCUUGGCAGGAUAUAACGGAGAUCCGUUCCAGUACUGCAGGUUGAUAGAAAAUGAACCUAUAAAAAUUGCCUCUACGAAUCCAUGUCAACCAUCACCUUGUGGGGCGAACAGCCAAUGCCGUGAGAUCAAUAGCCAAGCUGUUUGCUCUUGUUUGCCUGAAUACACUGGAAGUCCUCCGAAUUGUAGGCCUGAGUGCACGUUCAGCUCGGAAUGUAUCAGAACAAAAGCUUGUAUCAAUCAAAAGUGUGAAGAUCCUUGUCCAGGAACAUGCGGGUUGAAUACGCAUUGCCAGGUUAUCAAUCACAGCCCUAUCUGCAGUUGUAAAAUCGGUUUCACAGGUGAUCCGUUCACCAGAUGUUUCCCAACUCCUGUGCCAGUUUAUGAACAAGUUGAAGAGAUAACUGAUCCAUGUGUUCCAUCGCCUUGUGGACCUAACAGUAUUUGUAGAAAUACUGGUGGUUUCCCAUCCUGUUCUUGCUCGCCUGAAUACAUCGGGAGUCCACCUAAUUGUAGACCCGAAUGCUCUAUAAAUUCCGAAUGUCUCAGUAGUUUGGCUUGCAUCCGACAGAAAUGCAUAGACCCUUGUCCUGGAUCAUGUGGCUCAGGUGCCAUAUGCAACGUCAUCUCCCAUACUCCUAUUUGCACAUGCCCAGAAGGCUUCACCGGAGAUCCUUUCAGCUAUUGCACAAUGAAGCCUCAGGAAAUCGAGCCAGUCAAGUCUAGUCCUUGCAAUCCCAAUCCUUGUGGAGCUAAUGCUGAUUGCGAUGAAGGAAUUUGCAGGUGUUUGCCUGAAUAUUUCGGUGAUCCCUACAGAGAAUGCAGGCCUGAAUGUGUUCUGAAUGGGGAUUGUUCCAAAGAUAAGGCUUGUAUUCGGAAUAAGUGUGUGGACCCAUGUAUAGGAACGUGUGGAACGAAUGCCCUGUGUUCUACUAUAAAUCAUAUUCCGAUGUGCACAUGCAUUGAGGGUUAUAUAGGGAAUGCUUUCGUUAUGUGCAAUCCCAUACCAGUUGAAGAACCGAUUAGUGUACAAACAAGCAAUCCUUGUCAGUCUAACCCUUGUGGACCAAAUGCCGAAUGUAGGGUUAUAAGAGACUCGCCAUCUUGUUCUUGUUUGCCAGAACAUAAAGGAGCCCCACCCAAUUGUAGGCCAGAGUGUGUCAGUAACACCGAAUGCUCUACUCACUUAGCGUGCAUAAAUAGAAAAUGCAGAGAUCCUUGCCCAGGAAUUUGUGGAUUGAACGCUGAAUGCAGAGUAGUCAGCCACACUCCAAAUUGCGUUUGCUUACAAGGAUAUUUUGGCGAUCCGUUCUCACAAUGUAGAGUCCAGGAGCAACCUCUUGCAGAAUAUAUCAAUCCUUGUCAGCCCUCACCAUGCGGGGUGAAUGCCAUAUGUAAAGAGAGAAACGGAGCUGGGUCUUGUAUCUGCUUACCAGAGUAUAUCGGAAAUCCUUAUGAAGGCUGCAGACCGGAAUGCUCACGCAAUACUGAUUGCCCCUCCAAUAGAGCUUGCAUCAGGAAUAAAUGUCAAGACCCUUGUCCAGGUACUUGCCCAGCGAACGCUGAAUGUCAAGUUAUGGACCAUCUUCCUACUUGUUCGUGCAAUCCUGGUUACACAGGGGAUCCUUUCAGAUAUUGUAGCCCACACAUCGAGAAGCCUAUCGAAUACGAGAAACUUAGGAACCCAUGUCAGCCGUCACCUUGUGGACCAAACAGUCAAUGUAGAGUGAUAAACGAGCAAGCAGUUUGUUCGUGUUUGCCAAGUUACGUUAGUAGUCCGCCAAAUUGUAGACCAGAAUGCGUAGUCAGUUCAGAAUGUGCUAAUGAUAGAGCUUGUGUAGAUCAAAAAUGCGUGGACCCAUGUCCUGGAACCUGUGGAGUGAAAUCCGAUUGCCAAGUCAUCAAACAUAGCCCCAUAUGUACCUGUAGAUCUGGCUACACUGGAGAUCCUUUCACUCUAUGCUUCCCUACUCCUCUUCCGUUGCCAGAAGCAGACGAAGCAGUUGAGACCAAUCCUUGUGUACCAUCUCCAUGUGGUCCAAAUUCGGAAUGUAGGAUUGUAGGUACACAGCCAGCAUGUACUUGUUUGCAUAAUUUCAUGGGCAGUCCACCGAACUGCAAACCUGAGUGUACUAUCAAUUCGGAAUGCCAGAGUAGUUUGUCUUGCUUCAACCAGAAAUGUAUAGAUCCUUGUCCAGGUUCUUGUGGGCAAAGUGCUGUGUGCGUUGUCUUCAACCAUAAUCCAACAUGUUCUUGCCCGGAAGGUUAUACAGGGGAUCCUUUCACCUACUGUAAUCCUAAACCGCCGAAAGUAGAGGAACCCCAAAUAAUAGAUCCUUGCAAUCCAUCACCUUGUGGUCCAAAUACUAAUUGCCGAGACGGUACAUGUACUUGUUUGUCGGAAUAUAGAGGUGAUCCAUACACCGGCUGUCAACCUGAAUGCAUACAGAAUCAUGAUUGCCCAAGAGAUAAAACUUGCAUCAGAAACAAGUGCAAGGACCCUUGUCCUGGUACCUGUGGACAGAAUGCCGAGUGCAGAGUCAUAAAUCAUAUUCCGAUGUGUUCUUGUCUUGCGGGUUAUACCGGCAAUGCUUUCCUCAUUUGUUCUCCAGUGACAGUUGAAGUCAAGAGAAAUCCUUGCAACCCAUCGCCUUGUGGUCAGAACAGUCAAUGUAGGGAAAUCAACAGCCAAGCAGUGUGUUCUUGUGUGCCUGGAUUUAUCGGUAGUCCUCCCACUUGUAGACCAGAAUGUACAACGAGUCAGGAAUGCUUAUUGAGUCAGGCUUGCGUCAAUCAAAAAUGUAUAGAUCCGUGCCCGGGAACUUGUGGCAUCAACGCGAAGUGUCAAGUGGUCAAUCACAACCCUAUCUGUUCUUGUCUACCAAGAUUUUCUGGAGAUCCUUUCAUUAGAUGUUUGGAAAUACAAGAAGAACCAAUCGUUCAAUUGAAUCCUUGCCAACCUUCACCUUGUGGCCCUAAUUCACAAUGCAAAGCCAUAGGAGACUCUCCUUCGUGUUCCUGUCUCCCGGAAUUCAGAGGCUCUCCGCCUAACUGUAUGCCUGAAUGUACCAGUAAUAGCGAUUGUUCGAAUCAUUUGACCUGCAUGAACCAAAAAUGCAAAGACCCUUGUCCAGGGAUCUGUGGAGAAAAUGCUGAAUGCAGAGUGAUCAGUCACACUCCCAAUUGCAUCUGCUUGUUCGACUACAUAGGUGAUCCGUUCAGCAGAUGUACUCAGAAGCCAAAAGAAACCGUCCAAGAAGUAUUGUCGCCAUGCUCUCCAUCCCCAUGUGGAUCCAAUGCAAGAUGUAAUGAGCAAAAUGGCGCUGGUUCUUGCGUCUGUUUCCCAGAUUACGUAGGAAAUCCGUAUGAGGGAUGUAGGCCAGAAUGCGUACUCAGUUCUGAUUGUCCGUACAAUAAAGCCUGCAUAAGAAAUAAAUGUCAGGAUCCUUGUCCAGGCACUUGCGGAGGAAACGCAGAUUGCCAAGUCGUCAACCAUCUACCGCUUUGCUCUUGUAGGCCUGGAUAUACCGGCGAUCCAUUCAGAUACUGCAAUCUGCUUCCUCAAGAACCUGUCAAGUUUGAAUCUCCAACGAAUCCGUGUCAACCUAACCCGUGUGGUCCUAACAGCCAAUGUCGUGAAAUAAAUAGUCAAGCGGUAUGCUCUUGCUUGCCUGAAUAUGUUGGGACUCCACCUAGCUGUAGACCAGAAUGCACAGUUAGUGCGGAAUGUGCCCAAAACAAAGCUUGCGUCAACCAAAAAUGUACCGAUCCUUGUCCUGGAACUUGUGGUCUCAAUACGAAAUGCCAAGUUAUAAACCACAGUCCGAUUUGUAGCUGCAAUCCUGGUCACACAGGCGAUCCCUUCACUAGAUGUUACCCAGUACCUCCUCCCCAGUUUGAAGAAAUUCCGACUGUUAUAAGCAAUCCUUGUUUCCCUACACCAUGUGGACCUAACAGUCAGUGUAGGGACAUUGGAGGUUCACCCUCAUGCUCGUGCUUACCAGAUUACACAGGAAACCCACCGAACUGUAGGCCUGAAUGUUCCAUCAAUUCAGAAUGUCCAAGCAACUUGGCUUGUAUCAGGGGGAGAUGUAAAGAUCCUUGUCCUGGUUCUUGCGGAGCGAAUGCCAUUUGUAACGUAAUAAACCAUCUACCGACUUGUACUUGUCCGGAACUGCAUACUGGCAAUCCGUUCGAGUAUUGUACACCGAAACCACAAGAAGUCGAACCUAUCAAAACAGAUCCUUGCAAUCCAUCUCCUUGUGGAGCAAACACUCAGUGCGAUAACGGAUUAUGCAUAUGUUUAUCGGAAUUCAAUGGAGAUCCUUACAGUGGCUGUAGGCCAGAAUGUGUUUUGAACAAUGACUGUCCGAGGGACAAAGCUUGCUUGAGAAACAAAUGCAAAAACCCUUGUCCAGGAACGUGUGGCCAAAACGCCGAAUGCAACGUAGUCAAUCAUAUUCCGAUGUGCUCCUGUUUGGCAGGUUACAGUGGCAAUGCCUUCGUUAUGUGUAAUAGAAUCGAGCGUCCUCAACCUACGAACCCAUGUUCUCCUUCGCCUUGUGGACCAAACAGUCAGUGCAGAGAAAUAAACGGACAAGCUGUAUGCUCUUGCGUACCAGGAUUCAUUGGUAGUCCACCGACUUGUAGACCGGAAUGUGUCACCAGCUCAGAAUGUUCUCUCAGCGAAGCCUGUAUCAAUCAGAAAUGCGUGAAUCCUUGCAUCGGAAGUUGUGGAAUAAGUGCCCAUUGUCAAGUAGUCAACCACAACCCUAUAUGCUCUUGCCAGAUCAGGUUUACCGGAGAUCCUUUCACUCGGUGUUUCCCAAUGAGGGAAGAAGAGCCAGUUGUUACACCAUCAAACCCAUGUAGACCUUCUCCUUGUGGACCGAAUUCUGAAUGCCGAGAAACCAAUGGUUCUCCAUCAUGUUCCUGCCUUCCAGAGUUCACUGGCCAUCCACCGAACUGCAAACCUGAAUGUGUUAGCAACAGCGAAUGCCCGAAUCAAUUGGCAUGCAUCAACCAGAAAUGCAAAGAUCCUUGUCCCGGAGUGUGUGGUCACAACGCACAAUGUCACGUAGUCAGUCACACCCCGAAUUGCGUUUGUUUGUCUGGAUUUGUUGGUGAUCCGUUUAGUCACUGCAGUUUGCCACUGCCUAUAAGAGAUGAGAUAACAUCCCCUUGUUCACCAUCCCCAUGCGGGGCUAACGCCUUGUGUAGAGAACAAAAUGGUGCCGGUGCUUGUGUCUGUUUACCAGACUAUUUAGGAAAUCCUUACGAAGGCUGCAGACCAGAAUGUACUUUGAAUACCGACUGUCCAUCGAACAAAGCUUGUUUGAGUAACAAGUGCGGUGAUCCUUGUCCUGGAGUAUGCGGACCUAACGCUCACUGUCAAGUGAUCAAUCAUGUGCCAGCUUGUACUUGUAAUGGGGGAUACACUGGUGAUCCAUUUAGAUACUGCAACACCAUUCCUGAACGUAAGACCAUUGUUUUCAUUAAAAUGGACCCUUUGAUAAAUUCUGAAAAUAUUUCAGCCAUUUCAGAAGAACCAACUAAUCCAUGCCAACCAUCUCCGUGUGGGCCGAAUAGCCAGUGUCGUGAGGUGAACGAUCAAGCCGUUUGUUCUUGUUUACCGAAUUAUACGGGUAGUCCACCUGGAUGUAGACCGGAAUGCGUUGUCAGUGCUGAAUGUCCGGCGAAUAAAGCUUGUACGAACCAGAAGUGUGUCGACCCAUGUAAAGAUAGUUGCGGUAUCAACGCCAACUGUCGAGUUAUCAAUCACAAUCCGAUAUGCUCUUGUCGAUCUGGUUACACGGGAAAUCCAUUCACGAUUUGCAAUCUCAUACCACCAGCACCAGUUGUUUAUGACGAACCGGUAGUUGUGAAUCCCUGUGAACCUUCUCCUUGUGGACCUAAUAGCCAAUGUCGAGAUAUCAACGGAUCACCUUCAUGUGCUUGCUUGACGAAUUUCAUUGGAAACCCACCUAACUGCAGACCUGAAUGCACUAUCAACUCGGAGUGUAAAAGUAACAUGGCUUGCAUAAGAGAAAAAUGUCAAAAUCCAUGUGUCGGAGCUUGUUCUCCUAGUAGCCAUUGUAGCGUUAUCAAUCAUACACCGAUUUGUACUUGUCCAGAUGGCUAUACCGGAGAUCCUUUUAGUAAUUGUUAUCCGAAACCAGCACCACCACCUCCAGUUAGAGAUGAUCCAUGCAAUCCAUCUCCGUGUGGUUCGAACGCACAGUGUCAGAAUGGAAUAUGUUCUUGUUUGCCUCUCUAUCAGGGUGAUCCUUAUAUAGGGUGUAGACCUGAGUGCGUUCUGAAUGAUGAUUGUCCCAGAACUAAAGCAUGCAGUAGGAAUAAAUGCGUAGAUCCUUGCUCAGAUACUUGUGGUCGCAAUGCUCAAUGCAUAGUGUUCAAUCACAUUCCCAUGUGUUCAUGUCCACCUGGGUAUACUGGUAAUGCAUUCGUUCAGUGCUCAGAAGUAGAAGUGGCCAUUAUUCGAAAUCCAUGUAGUCCGUCACCUUGUGGACCCAACAGUCAAUGUAAAGAAGUUAAUAGCCAGGCAGUUUGCUCGUGCCUUAUUGGUUACAUAGGAAGUCCACCUACUUGCAGACCAGAAUGUAUUUCUAGUUCGGAAUGUCCUCUGAACGAGGCUUGCACCAACCAAAAGUGCAUAGAUCCAUGUCCAGGAACAUGUGGACUGAGAGCCAAAUGCCAAACCAUCAACCAUAAUCCCAUUUGUUCUUGUCCAGCUAGGUAUACUGGUGAUCCCUUCUUGCGUUGCACCCUUAUUGUUCAAGCAGUUGUAGAAGAGCCGAUCAAUCCAUGUCAACCAUCUCCAUGUGGACCGAAUUCUCAAUGCAAAGAAAUCAACAAUUCACCUUCUUGUUCAUGUCUACCCGAAUUCAUCGGGUCUCCACCGAAUUGCAGACCAGAAUGUAUCAGUAAUAGUGAAUGCGCCUCACAUUUGGCUUGCAUCAAUAAGAAAUGCAUUGAUCCUUGCCCUGGAACUUGUGGAUUGAAUGCCGAAUGUAGAGUGAUCAGCCAUACGCCAAUAUGCCAUUGUGCAGGAGGCUAUACCGGUGAUCCAUUCCUCAUAUGUAAUUUGAUACAAGCCACACCCAUCGAGAAUAUAUCUCCUUGUACACCUUCACCGUGUGGUGCUAAUGCACAAUGUAGAAUUCAACAGAAAGCCGGAGCGUGUGUAUGUUUACCGGAAUACAUCGGAAACCCUUACGAAGGUUGCAGGCCAGAAUGUACCUUGAACUCAGACUGUACAUCGAAUAGAGCUUGCGUUAGAAACAGAUGUAUCGAUCCUUGUCCAGGCACUUGCGCUCCCAAUGCAAAUUGUCACGUGAUCAACCACCUUCCAUCUUGUAACUGUUUACCUGGCUAUACUGGCGAUCCGUUCCGCUACUGUAACGUAUGGACUCAAGAACCACUAAAAGAUGAGACUCCUAGAGAUCCAUGUACACCUACACCCUGUGGUCCCAACAGUCAAUGUCGCGAAAUAAACGGACAAGCAGUUUGCUCAUGCUUACCUGAAUAUAGUGGCAGUCCUCCGAAUUGUAGGCCAGAAUGUACGGUUAGCUCGGAAUGUACUCAGAACAAGGCUUGCUCAAAUCAGAAAUGUAUAGAUCCUUGUAUCGGUACCUGCGGUCUGAAUACCAACUGUCAGGUCAUCAAUCAUAGCCCGAUUUGCAGCUGUCAAUCCAGAUACAGCGGGGAUCCUUUCAGCAGAUGCUCACCUAUACCACCGCCAAGACCAGUUCAACCCAUAGAGACUAUAAGAGAUCCUUGCGUACCGACUCCAUGUGGUCCCAAUUCUCAUUGCACCAACCUCGGCGGUUCUCAUGUUUGUUCUUGCUUGGUGAAUUAUAUCGGAAGCCCGCCAAAUUGUAGACCAGAAUGCACUAUCAACUCUGAGUGUCCCAGCAACUUGGCUUGUAUUAGAGAGCGGUGUCGAGAUCCGUGUCCAGGUUCUUGUGGAUCUCUAGCCGUUUGCAACGUCAUCACUCAUAUUCCUGUAUGUAAUUGUCCCGAAGGAUAUACUGGAGAUCCUUUUAGCUACUGUCAACUCAAGCCACCAUCAUUGCCCGAGCCAGCGGAAUCUGAUCCUUGCAAUCCUUCACCUUGUGGAUCCAACGCUUUAUGCGAGCAAGGCGUAUGUUCCUGUUUGCCAGAGUACCAUGGAGAUCCUUACAGGGGUUGUAGACCCGAGUGCGUUUUGAACAACGAUUGCCCGAGACAAGAAGCCUGUAUUAGGAAUAAAUGCGUCAACCCAUGCCCAGGAACCUGCGGCCAAUAUGCCGAGUGCUCGGUCUUCAAUCAUAUCCCGAUGUGUGUUUGUCUACCUGGUUAUAUCGGCAACGCUUUCAUAUCCUGCAAUCGCAUUCCACCGUCCUCUCCACCAAAUCCGUGUUCUCCAUCACCCUGUGGACCGAACAGUCAUUGCAGAGAGACGAAUGGGCAAGCCGUUUGUGCUUGCAUCACGGGAUUCAUAGGAAGUCCGCCUACGUGUAGGCCAGAAUGCGUCACCAACUCAGAGUGCUCUUUGAACCAGGCAUGUGUAAAUCAAAAGUGCAUAGACCCUUGUUUGGGCACCUGCGGCUUAGGCACCAACUGUCAAGUCGUGAAUCAUAAUCCCAUAUGCAGCUGUCCCACAAGAUUCACUGGAGAUCCGUUCACGAGAUGUUAUCCAAUUCCUUUGGAAGAACCAGUUAUUGUGGAUCCGUGUAACCCGUCCCCAUGUGGACCAAACGCAGAGUGCAGAGAAAUCAACGGUUCCCCAUCCUGUUCUUGUUUAGCCAAUUUCAUCGGUUCUCCUCCAAUGUGCAGGCCAGAAUGCAUCAGUAACAGUGAAUGUUCAAAUCAUUUGGCGUGCAUAAACCAAAAAUGUAAAGAUCCUUGUCCAGGCAUUUGUGGGCAAAACGCCGAGUGCAGUGUGGUUAGCCACACACCAAACUGUAUUUGCACUUCGAAUUACGUAGGAAAUCCAUUCAUCGAGUGCCAUCCACCACCAACACCUCCAGUUCAAGAUAUCAUUACUCCUUGUUCUCCGUCUCCAUGUGGAUCUAACGCUCAAUGCAAAGAACAAAAUAACGCGGGAUCUUGUACUUGUUUGCCUGAUUUCAUUGGAAACCCGUACGAAAGCUGCCGACCUGAGUGCACUUUGAACUCAGAUUGUCCAUCGAAUAAGGCUUGCAUCAGGAACAAAUGCAUGGAUCCUUGUCCUGGCACUUGCGGUCAAAAUUCUGAUUGUCGCGUGAUUAACCAUCUACCGGCAUGUACUUGUAUUCCAGGAUACACAGGCGAUCCGUUCAGAUACUGUUACUUACAACCCCAAGAACCCAUCAGAGAUGAAAUCCCAAAGAAUCCUUGUCAUCCAUCACCUUGCGGACCGAACAGCCAGUGUAGGGAAGUCAACAACCAAGCUGUAUGUUCUUGUUUACCGAAUUACAGUGGUAAUCCACCUGGUUGUAGACCAGAUUGUACGGUCAGCGCGGAAUGUGCUCAAAAUCUAGCUUGCGUGAGUCAAAAAUGUAUCGAUCCUUGCCCAGGAACUUGUGGAAUCAAUACCGUUUGUCGAGUAAUCAAUCACAGUCCAAUUUGUAUCUGUAAAUCCGAAUUUACUGGUGAUCCAUUUUCAAGAUGUUACCCAGUACCACCACUACCACAAAUCACUUCUGAAGAACCAUACAGAAACCCUUGUAUUCCCUCGCCAUGUGGGCCUAACAGUGAAUGUAGGGAAAUAGGAAAAAAUCCAUCGUGUUCGUGUUUAUCAAGUUACGUGGGCAGUCCUCCUAAUUGUAGACCAGAAUGUACAAUCAAUUCGGAAUGUCCCAGUAACUUUGCUUGUAUCAGAGAAAAAUGCCGGGAUCCCUGUCCCGGCUCUUGUGGAAUUUCUGCAAUUUGUAAUGUUAUCAAUCACACACCGAUUUGUUCUUGUCUCGAGGGAUAUACCGGUGAUCCGUUUACCUCCUGCCAUCCAAAACCACCCCCAAUAUUAGAACCAAUCGAAACUGACCCAUGUAAUCCAUCUCCUUGCGGACCAAAUACACAAUGCCAUAACGGUAUUUGCACAUGUUUACCGGAAUACCAAGGUGAUGCUUAUAGAGGAUGUAGACCAGAGUGUGUUCUCAAUAACGAUUGUCCAAGAAACAAAGCUUGUGCUAGGAAUAAGUGCAUAGAUCCAUGUCCAGGUACCUGUGGACAAAAUGCUGAAUGUUCCGUCAUAAAUCAUGUAGCGAUAUGUAACUGUAUACCAGGAUACCAAGGAAACGCUUUUGUCAUUUGUUCAAAGUUACCAGUUUCUGUGAUAACAAACCCGUGUUUUCCCUCACCUUGCGGUCCCAACAGCCAAUGCAGACAAAUUAACAGCCAAGCCGUGUGCUCUUGCGUACCAGGCUACAUGGGCAGUCCGCCAUCUUGUAGACCUGAGUGCAUCACCAGUUCGGAAUGUUCUUUGAACAGAGCAUGCGUGAAUCAGAAAUGUAUCGAUCCUUGUCCCGGAACCUGCGGUUUCGAAGCUCUCUGCCAAGUCGUCAACCACAACCCUAUUUGUAGCUGCCCACCUAGGUUAACUGGUGAUCCAUUCGUCAGAUGUUUGCAAAUACUAAACGAACCGGUGAUUGUUACUGAUCCGUGCAAACCGUCUCCAUGCGGUCCUUAUACGGAAUGUAAAGUAUCGGGAGAUCAACCAUCUUGCUCCUGCUUGAUUGAUUACAUCGGUCAACCGCCAAAUUGUAGACCGGAAUGUGUUAGUAACAGCGAAUGCGCUAACCACCUUGCGUGCAUUAACCAAAAAUGCAAAGACCCUUGUCCUGGUACUUGCGGUCAAAACGCGGAAUGUCGAACCAUUAGUCAUACCCCUAACUGUGUCUGUCUACCAGGAUACGUAGGUGAUCCAUUUUCGCGAUGUUCAAUACCACCAUCCCCGAUCCCAGAAAUCAUUUCACCUUGUACCCCGUCUCCAUGUGGACCUAAUGCUGUAUGUAAAGAACAAAAUAAUGCGGGAUCUUGCACAUGUCUACCCGAAUAUAUCGGUAAUCCUUAUGAAGGAUGUAGACCAGAAUGUGUGCUCAAUUCAGAUUGUCCCUCCAACAAGGCGUGUGUUAGGAACAAAUGUCAGGAUCCUUGUCCAGGAACUUGUGGACAAAAUGCCAAUUGCCUAGUGGUGAAUCAUGUGCCGUCUUGUACCUGUAUAUCUGGAUACACUGGGGAUCCUUACACCUAUUGUAACCUCCGACCGGAAAUAUAUCAAGAUGAAACCCCCAAAAAUCCAUGCCAACCCUCGCCUUGCGGGCCGAACAGUCAAUGCAAAGAGGUGAACACCCAAGCGGUAUGUUCUUGUUCGCCAAAUCACAUAGGCAGUCCACCAAAUUGUAGACCUGAGUGUGUCGUGAGCUCAGAAUGUGCGAUGAGUAAGGCUUGCAUAAAUCAGAGAUGUAGCGACCCUUGUCCAGGCUCCUGUGGGGUAAAUUCAAAAUGCGAAGUGAUAAACCACAGUCCGAUUUGUACUUGUGCGAUAGGCCAAACUGGCGAUCCGUUCACUAGGUGCUAUCCAAUUCCACCACCUCCAAUUGAACCCAUCGUUGAUAGAGACCCAUGCGUACCAUCUCCUUGCGGUCCGAAUUCUCAAUGCAGGAAUAUAGGCGGUACACCAUCAUGCUCUUGUUUACCCGAAUACAUUGGACAACCACCUAAUUGUCGACCUGAAUGUACCAUCAACUCGGAAUGCUCCAGCAGUACGGCUUGUAUACGGCAAAAAUGCGUGGAUCCUUGUCCAGGAUCUUGCGGAAUCGGAGCUGUUUGUAGUGUAAUAAACCAUACUCCGAUAUGUUCUUGUCCCGAACAGUACACAGGAGAUCCUUUCUCCUACUGCAAUUUGAAACCGCAAGAAGCAGAACCGGUUGAAACAGACCCAUGCAACCCCACUCCUUGUGGUUCAAACGCCCAGUGCGACAAUGGAGUUUGCAGCUGCUUCCCAGAAUAUCAAGGAGAUCCUUACCGUGGUUGCCGGCCUGAAUGUGUCCUCAGCACUGAUUGUCCCAGGGACAAAGCGUGUACCGGCAACAAAUGCCGAGAUCCUUGUCCAGGAACUUGUGGUCGAAACGCAGAGUGCACAGUUAUCAACCACAUACCUAUGUGUAACUGUAUCAGAGGAUACGUAGGAAAUGCUUUUGUUAUGUGUAAGCCUGAAGCGAUAGAUGUUCCAAAGAAUCCGUGCAACCCAUCGCCAUGUGGUCCAAACAGUCAGUGCAGAGAAAUCAAUAGGCAAACGGUGUGUUCUUGUGCUAUCGGUUACAUAGGCAGUCCACCAACUUGUAGACCAGAAUGUGUGAGUUCUGCGGAAUGCGCACUGAAUCAAGCGUGUGUCAACCAGAAAUGUAUAGACCCCUGUCCGGGAACGUGUGGAAUAAACGCUUUGUGCCAGGUGGUCAAUCAUAAUCCUAUUUGCAGCUGCCAACCGAGACAUAGUGGUGAUCCAUUUAUCAGGUGUACGCCAAUAAGAGAAGACCCAGUUAUCGUUUCUAAUCCAUGUCAGCCAUCACCAUGUGGUCCAAACUCUAUUUGUAGAGAGAUCGGAGAGUCUCCUUCUUGUUCUUGUUUGCCAGAAUUCACUGGAUCUCCGCCAAAUUGUAGACCAGAAUGUGUGAGCAAUAGUGAAUGUCCUAACGAUAAAGCUUGCGUCAACCAAAAAUGUAAAGAUCCUUGUCCAGGAGCGUGUGGUGCGAAUGCUGAAUGCAGAGUUGUCAGUCAUACUCCAAACUGCGUUUGCUUACCUGGUUAUUAUGGGGACCCAUUCACCUCUUGCUACAUAGAAACCCCACUUCCUCCAGCAGAAAGACCGACUCCUUGCCUUCCAUCACCUUGUGGUGCGAAUGCACAGUGUAGAGAAAGAAACGGGGCUGGUUCUUGUAUUUGUCUUCCAGACUAUAUCGGAAACCCCUAUGAAGGUUGUAGACCAGAAUGUGUAUUGAACUCCGAUUGUACUUCCAACAAGGCAUGUGUCAAUAAUAAAUGCAUGGAUCCUUGUCCAGGAACUUGUGCACAGAACGCGAACUGUCAAGUCGUUAACCAUCUACCAUCGUGUACUUGUGUACCUGGAUUCACUGGUGAUCCUUUCAGAUACUGCAACUUAGUGCAAGAACCGGUUGAGGAACCACCUCAGAAUGUUUGCCAACCUUCACCUUGUGGACCUAACAGUCAGUGUCGCGAGGUGAAUGGACAAGCAGUUUGUUCGUGCCUACCUGAAUAUAUAGGAAGUCCACCGGGUUGUAGACCCGAAUGUACAGUGAGCACAGAAUGCCAAGCAACUAAGGCUUGCGUGAAUCAAAAGUGCACUGAUCCUUGUCCAGGAACUUGCGGAUUGAACGCCAACUGUCAAGUAAUAAAUCACAGUCCCAUUUGCAGCUGUCAAGGCGGUUAUACUGGCGAUCCGUUCACUAGAUGCUACACUUUACCACCUCCAGUACCGGUACCGCAGGAGCAACCAGUUAACCCCUGCGUACCGUCACCUUGCGGAGCAAAUAGCCAGUGCAGAGAUCUAGGUGGCACUCCAUCCUGCUCCUGUUUACCGGAAUACAUCGGACAACCACCGAACUGUAGACCAGAAUGCACUAUCAAUUCCGAAUGUGCGAGUAACUUGGCGUGCAUGAACCAGAAAUGCAGAGAUCCUUGUCCUGGUUCUUGUGGAACGAGUGCCGUUUGCAGAGUCAUCAACCAUACGCCAACUUGUAGUUGCAUCGAAGGUUAUCGCGGGGAUCCUUUUACUUACUGCCAACCCAAACCACAAGAGGAAUCUUCGGUGACAGACCCCUGCAAUCCUUCUCCGUGUGGUCCCAAUGCUCAGUGUGAUAAUGGAGUUUGUACCUGCUUAGCAGAAUACCAUGGCGAUCCUUAUAGGGAAUGCAGACCGGAGUGUAUAUUGAGCAACGACUGUUCGCGAGAUAAAGCAUGUUUCAGAAAUAAAUGUAAAGAUCCAUGUCCAGGAACGUGUGGUCAAAACGCAGAAUGUACUGUUAUAAACCAUAUACCAUCUUGUGUUUGUACUAGAGGAUACCAGGGCAACGCAUUCGUUAUGUGUACACCGAUUCCAGCUGAGAUUCCAAAGAAUCCUUGUAAUCCAUCCCCAUGUGGCCCCAACAGUCAAUGCAGGGAAAUCAAUGGACAAGCAGUUUGUUCUUGUGUACCAGGCUUCAUAGGCAGUCCACCGACAUGCAGACCUGAAUGUAUUUCCAGUUCAGAGUGCGCGCUGAAUAAGGCAUGUGUGAACCAGAAAUGCAUCGAUCCUUGUCCAGGAACAUGCGGUUUGAACGCAAAUUGCCAAGUCGUCAAUCAUAAUCCGAUUUGCAGUUGUCCACCUGGACAAAGUGGCGAUCCUUUCACUAGAUGCCUACCAAUAAGAGAAGAACCGGUAGUAGUCCCAUCGAAUCCUUGUCAUCCAUCCCCUUGUGGUUUCAACUCGGAAUGCAGAGAGGUCGGUGGAUCCCCGAGCUGCUCAUGUUUACCAGAAUUCGAAGGAACUCCGCCAAAUUGCAGACCACAGUGUGUUAGUAACUCUGAAUGUGCUAAUCACCUGGCUUGCAUUAAUAACAAAUGCGAAGAUCCUUGUCGGGGAGUAUGCGGUAGCAAUACCGAAUGUAGAGUAGUUAGUCAUACUCCUAACUGUGUCUGUCUGUCUGGCUUCGAAGGAAAUCCUUUCAUUCAGUGCAAUCCGCACUUAGAACAGCCGGUGAUUGAGAAACCUACACCUUGUAUACCUUCUCCUUGCGGAGUCAAUGCCGAGUGUAGGGAAAGAAAUAACGCUGGCUCCUGUAUUUGCCUUCCAGAUUACAUUGGAAAUCCUUAUGAAGGUUGUAGACCAGAAUGUAGUCUCAACUCUGAUUGUCCCUCGGACAAAUCGUGUAUCAGAAAUAAGUGUAUGAAUCCAUGUCCAGGAACAUGUGGAAUGAAUGCUGAAUGUCGUGUAGUUAAUCAUUUGCCUUCUUGUACAUGCAUUUUCAGCUACACAGGAGAUCCCUAUAGAUACUGUAGCAUGCCCAUUCAACCUAUUGAAGAACCAACUAAUCCUUGUAAUCCUAAUCCUUGUGGGCCAAACAGUCAGUGUCGUGAAAUAAAUGGCCAAGCAGUGUGCUCUUGUUUGCCAGAAUAUGUUGGUUCUCCUCCGGGCUGUAGACCAGAGUGUGUGGUCAGUUCGGAAUGUUCCCAAAACAAGGCUUGCCUGAACCAAAAGUGCGUUGACCCUUGUCAAGGCACUUGCGGUUUGAAUACCAAUUGCCAAGUAAUCAAUCACAGUCCGAUAUGCAGUUGCAAACUUGAUUUCACUGGAGAUCCGUUCACAAGAUGCUAUGGCAUCCCUCCUCCGAUACCACAACCUGAGCAACCUAUCCAGAACCCGUGCGUACCUUCACCGUGCGGUCCGAACAGUCAAUGUCGGGACAUAGGAGGCGCGCCAUCUUGUUCCUGCUUGAGCAAUUACAUUGGAAGUCCGCCAAACUGUAGGCCGGAAUGUACUAUACAUUCAGAAUGCCCUAGUAAUUUGGCUUGCAUCAGGGAGAAAUGCAAAGAUCCUUGCCCUGGCUCUUGUGGAGUCGGCGCACAAUGUAACGUCAUCAAUCAUGUGUCGAUUUGUUUGUGUCCGGAAGGAUAUACAGGUGAUCCGUUCGUUUUUUGUCGGGUAAAACCAGUGGAAGAAGAGCCAAUCAAAACGGAUCCUUGCAAUCCUUCACCUUGCGGCCCGAAUGCUCAAUGUAACGAUGGCGUAUGCACGUGUUUGCCAGAAUACCGUGGCAAUGCUUACGAAGAAUGUAGACCCGAAUGUGUUCUGAACAGCGACUGUCCUAGGAACUUGGCAUGUAUCAAUAGCAAAUGUAAGGACCCUUGUCCUGGUACAUGUGGCAUCAAUGCUCAGUGUACUGUCUCCAACCAUGUUCCUAUUUGCACUUGCAGCGAAGGUUUCAUAGGAAAUGCUUUCAUUUCUUGCUCUCCAGUUCCAGUUGAUAUACCCAAAAACCCAUGUACUCCAUCUCCUUGUGGACCAAACAGUCAGUGUAGAGAAAUAAAUGGUCAAGCGGUGUGUUCUUGUGUACCGGGCUUCAUAGGCAGUCCUCCGACUUGUAGGCCAGAGUGUAUUACUAGUCCAGAAUGUCCACUGAAUGAAGCUUGCGUCAAUCAAAAAUGUAUAGAUCCUUGUCCGGGAACUUGCGGUUUGAACGCCAAAUGUCAAGUCGUGAAUCACAACCCUAUUUGCACUUGUCCAAUCAAAUAUAGCGGGGAUCCGUUCAUUAGAUGCCUGCCGAUAAGAGAAGAGCCUGUUGUAGAACCAAACAAUCCCUGCCAGCCAUCACCUUGUGGACCAAACUCUCAAUGUAGAGACUCUAACGGUUCUCCAUCUUGCAGUUGUCUGACAGAAUUCAUAGGAACACCACCAAAUUGCAAACCUGAAUGUAUCAAUAACGUCGAAUGCCCCAAUAAUUUGGCUUGCAUCAACCUGAAAUGUAAAGACCCUUGCCCGGGAAUUUGUGGGCAAAACGCCCAAUGUCGCGUAGUGAGCCACACACCGAAUUGUCUAUGUAAUGAGGGUUACGUAGGUGACCCGUUCGGAGCUUGUUAUGUACAAACAGUACCCAAGCCAGUCGAAGUAGUUAAUCCAUGUUUGCCUUCACCUUGUGGCGCUAAUGCCCUUUGCAGAGAACAAAACGGUGCAGGAUCUUGCACGUGCAUUCCAGAUUACUUGGGAAAUCCUUACGAAGGCUGCAGACCGGAAUGUACGAUCAACUCAGAUUGCACGUCCAAUAAAGCCUGCAUACGAAACAAAUGCGUUGAUCCAUGUCCUGGCACUUGCGGCCAAAAUGCAGAAUGCAUGGUGAUAAAUCACUUACCUUCUUGUACGUGUAUACCAGGUUAUACCGGAGAUCCAUUCAGAUUCUGCAAUUUGGUUCAUGAACGAGAACCCUUACCUACCAAUCCUUGUCAACCAAGUCCAUGUGGACCUAACAGUCAGUGCCGCGAGAUAAAUAACCAAGCUGUCUGCUCCUGUUUGCCCAGCUAUUUUGGAAGCCCACCAGGUUGUAGACCAGAAUGUACCGUCAGUUCAGAGUGCGAUAGCUCCAAGGCUUGUGUGAACCAAAAAUGUGUGGACCCUUGUCCUGGCACGUGUGGCUUGAACACCAAGUGCAACGUCAUCAACCACAGCCCGAUAUGCUCCUGCAAAUUCGACUACACAGGAGACCCAUUCACGAGGUGUUAUCCAUUACCACCUCCUUCACCUGAACCAACUGUUUUCACCAACCCUUGUGAGCCAUCACCGUGUGGACAGCAUUCGGUAUGCCAAGACAUCAACGGAAAUCCGUCUUGUUCUUGCAGACCAAAUUACAUAGGAAGCCCGCCCAACUGUAGGCCAGAGUGUGUCAUCAACUCGGAAUGUCCUAGUAAUAUGGCUUGCAUACGGGAGAAAUGUAGGGAUCCUUGCCCAGGCUCUUGCGGAACGUUUGCCCAAUGUAGCGUGUUGAAUCAUAUCCCAUCGUGUAUAUGUCUCGAAGGUUACACAGGAGAUCCGUUCAGCAAUUGCUAUCCCAAGCCACUGCCACCACAAGAAGUCGAAAAAGAUAUGUGUAAUCCAUCUCCUUGCGGGCCUAAUACUAGGUGCGAUAACGGCGUGUGCACUUGUUUGCCAGAAUAUCAAGGAAAUCCAUACGAAGGCUGCAGACCAGAGUGUAUUUUGAACACGGAUUGUCCAAGAGAUAGAGCUUGUAUCAGAAACAAAUGUUUGGAUCCUUGUCCGGGAACUUGUGGACAGAAUGCCGAAUGCGCGGUCAUAAACCACAUUCCGAUGUGUUCUUGCCUAGCAGGAUAUUCUGGGAACGCUUUCGUGCUGUGCUCUACAAUACCAACUCUUUUGCCACAUAAUCCUUGCAACCCCUCACCGUGUGGGCCCAACAGUCAAUGCAGAGAAAUCAAUCAACAAGCAGUUUGUAGUUGUGUGCAAGGCUACAUCGGUAGUCCUCCGACUUGCAGACCGGAAUGCGUCAGCAGUACUGAGUGUUCUUUGGAUAUGGCUUGCGUCAACCAGAAAUGUAUAGAUCCUUGUCUGGGUACUUGCGGCCUGAACACGCGUUGCCAAGUCGUGAAUCACAACCCUAUAUGCAGCUGUUCUCCCAGAUUCAGCGGAGAUCCCUUCACUAGGUGCUUGCCUAUACGAGAAGAACCUGUGGUUGUUCCAUCCAAUCCUUGCCAACCGACACCUUGCGGUCCGAACUCGCAGUGCAAGGAAAUCAACGGAAAUCCUUCUUGUUCUUGUUCACCGCAGUUCUUCGGAUCGCCACCCAACUGCAAACCGGAAUGUAUCAGUAAUAGCGAGUGUGCCAAUCACCUGGCUUGUAUAAAUCUAAGGUGCAAAGAUCCUUGUCCUGGAAUAUGCGGCAUCAACGCAGAGUGCAGAGUCGUUUCUCAUACGCCCAACUGCGUUUGUCUUUCCGGCCACUCUGGUGAUCCGUUCCAACAAUGCGUCAUAUCUGCCGUUUCGAUACCCAAGCCCGCUGAUCAAAUCAAUCCUUGCUUCCCAUCACCCUGUGGAGCAAAUGCCGUAUGUAAAGAGAGGAAUAACGCUGGAUCGUGUAUUUGUUUGCCACAGUAUAUCGGUAAUCCGUACGAAGGUUGUCGUCCGGAAUGUGUAUUGAAUUCCGACUGUCCAUCCAACAGAGCUUGCAUCAAUAAUAAAUGCAAAGAUCCUUGCCCUGGAACUUGUGGACUCAAUGCUCAAUGUCAAGUCAUCAACCACUUGCCGUCUUGUACUUGUACUAACGGGUAUACUGGAGAUCCUUUCAGAUAUUGCGGUGUCAUACAGAUCGAAGAAGAACCAUUACCAUUGAAACCAUGUCAACCAUCCCCAUGCGGACCCAACAGUCAAUGCCGAGAACACAAUAAUCAGGCAAUUUGUUCAUGUUUACCGAAUUACAUAGGCAAUCCACCUGGUUGCAGACCAGAAUGUACUGUAAGCUCUGAAUGUCCGCAGAAUAGGGCGUGUCUUAAUCAAAAAUGCGUCGAUCCAUGCCCAGGAACAUGCGGAAUCAAAGCUCAAUGCCAAGUAAUCAAUCAUAAUCCGAUUUGUAGUUGUAUUUCAGGUAACACAGGAGAUCCUUUCACCGUAUGUUAUCCAAUACCAGCACCUGCACCUGUGAUAACGGAAGUUGUGAAUCCUUGUGUACCUUCCCCUUGCGGUCCUAACAGUCAGUGCCGCGAUAUAAGAGGCACCCCGUCUUGUUCCUGUUUAUCGACCUAUAUAGGAAAUCCGCCAAAUUGUAGACCGGAAUGCGUAGUCAACUCAGAAUGUACUAGUAACUUGGCGUGCAUCAACGAAAAAUGCAGAGAUCCUUGCCCAGGAUCGUGCGGUAUCGCUGCAAUAUGCGAAGUGAGAAACCACAACGCUAUUUGCGUUUGUCCACCUGGGUUCAGCGGGGAUGCAUUUGUUUCUUGUAAUCUCCAACCGAAGCCAAUAGCUCCUACCAUCACCGAUCCUUGUUAUCCUAACCCAUGCGGAGCAAAUGCUCGUUGUGAUAAUGGCAUUUGUUCUUGCUACCCAGAAUACCACGGCGAUCCUUACAUAGAAUGUAGGCCGGAAUGUUUGGUGAAUCCGGAUUGCCCUAGAGACCAGGCAUGUAUCGCGCAGAAAUGUAAAAACCCAUGUCCAGGUACUUGCGCCCAAAACGCCGAAUGCUCUGUGUUCAAUCAUUUCCCAUCGUGUACCUGCCUCCAAGGUUACUCUGGCGAUCCAUUCAUAAUGUGUAACAAAAUACAAAGUGAGUAUCUUUAUGGUGACGAACACGGUAACGCAACUUCCUAUUAUUCAGAACCGCCGCCACGAAACCCUUGCCAACCAACUCCGUGUGGACCAAACAGCCAAUGUAGAGUCGUUAACGAGCAAGCUGUUUGCUCUUGUCUGCAAGGUUACAUCGGAAGUCCUCCCACUUGUAGACCCGAAUGCGUUAGUAGCUCUGAUUGUCCCUUAGAUAGAGCCUGCGUCAACACGAAAUGUAUAGACCCUUGUCCUGGAACUUGCGGAAUAAACGCUUAUUGCCAGGUAGUAAGCCAUAACGCGAUUUGCUCUUGUCCACUGAGGUAUAGCGGAGAUCCUUUCGUAAGAUGCCAAGUUGUUUACGUAACUGAAAAACCAGCGCCAACUGUUAUAGAACCACAGAACCCUUGCAUUCCCUCGCCAUGCGGUCUCAAUGCUCAAUGUGAACCAACCCCAGUCGGUACCGCGAAAUGCACUUGCUACUCCAACUAUCUCGGUGAUCCACCGAAUUGCAGGCCGGAAUGUGUGGCCAAUAGCGAUUGUCCCGCACCCUUGGCGUGCAUAAAUCAAAAAUGCAAAGACCCUUGUCCCGGAUCCUGCGGAUUGAAUGCUCGCUGCUUGGUUGUGAACCACAUACCCAACUGUGUCUGUCUAGAUAGUUUCGUUGGAGAUCCUUUCACUCUCUGUCGACAACCACUGUUACCUCCACAGCCACCGAAGAAGGAGGAUCCUUGUUAUCCUUCUCCUUGUGGCUCUAAUGCCCAAUGCAGGGUAGAGAACAACUAUGCGGUUUGCGAAUGCCUACCAGAAUACCAUGGAAAUCCUUACGAGAGUUGCAGACCUGAGUGUUUGUCGAAUGCAGACUGUUCGAUGGAUAGAGCUUGUAUCAGGAACAAAUGUGUAGAUCCUUGUCCAGGGACUUGUGGAACGAAUGCACUAUGCUUCACUACCAAUCAUAUUCCUGUGUGUUCUUGUCCAGACAGAUAUACUGGAGAUGCUUUCCGAUUGUGCACACCAGUGAUAGUGGAACCUCCAAGAGACCCAUGCAACCCAUCGCCUUGCGGCCUGAACACCAUCUGCCGCACCUCCGGCAAAAACGCCAUCUGCGAAUGCCUACCCACCUUCUUUGGAACCCCCACAGCAGGUGGUUGCCGUCCCGAAUGCACCAUAAGCGCAGACUGCGAACGAACCAAAGCCUGCGUGAACAACAAGUGCAUAGACCCUUGUCCAGGAGUCUGCGGCUUCGGUGCCAUUUGCAACGUCAUCAACCACAGUCCAGUCUGCAGUUGCCCCCCACCCUUAAUGGGCGAUCCUUUCACUCUUUGCCGCGAGCAGCCCAAGGAAGAACCUAAAAACCCUUGCAAUCCAUCACCUUGCAACUUGAACGGGCAAUGCAGAGUUGUCAACGGUCUAGCCAGCUGUGUUUACCCAGAAUGUGUUAUCAACCAAGAUUGUCCGCGAGAUAAGGCUUGUUACGGACAAAAAUGCAGGAACCCUUGCUCGGAAGCUUGUGGUCUUAACGCCUUAUGUCAAGUUGUCAACCAUCAAGCAGUAUGCUCUUGCCCUCCGGGAUACAUCGGUUCCCCGGAAGUACAAUGUCAAUACCAAAUUGAAGAAAAUCCGAGAGUGGAAUGCGUCCAAGACUCAGAUUGCACAAAUGACAAGGCAUGCAUCGACAAUCAGUGCAAGAAUCCUUGUAUCACAAGUCUCGGUGUCUGCGGGCAAAAUGCUGAUUGCCGAGCACAGCUCCACAGAGCAGUCUGCACUUGCCGAGAUGGCUUCACAGGCAAUGCUCAGCACUCUUGCUACGAAAUCGGUUGCCGAUCCGAUUCAGAGUGUCCUCCAACACAAGCUUGCAUCAACAAAGAAUGCGUUAAUCCUUGUUCUUAUACUUCUUGCGGACUGAACGCCCUCUGUCGAGCUGAUGUGAAUCACAAAGCGAGGUGCUACUGCCCAGAUAGCUUUAGAGGAGACCCAUUAGUGAGAUGCGAGCGACCUGAAUGCACUCAUGACGAAGAUUGUCCGUACAACUUGGCUUGCAGCAAUGAGAGAUGUUUCGAUCCGUGCAAUUGUGGCCUGGAAGCCAUUUGCUCGGUGACCAAUCAUAGGCCGCAAUGUUCUUGUCCACCUGGUUAUAAAGGAAAUCCAUUAUCCUCGUGCAAAAUCGAACCGGUAGAAGUGGAACCGCAAUGCACCACGGACGCAAAUUGUCCGAAUAAACUUGCUUGUUUCGAGGGUGUUUGCAAGAAUCCAUGCUACGAAACGAAACCUUGUGGAAAGAAUACCGAGUGCAUAGUGGUAGACAGCUUACCGUUGAGGACUAUGUCUUGUAUGUGUCUACCAGGUUAUGUUGGUGAUGCUGACACUGAAUGCAAACUAGACCAACCUGGUUGCAAGAGUAACGAGGAAUGCUCUUCCUCAGAAGCCUGCUUGAACAGGCAGUGCGUCAAUCCAUGCGUCAUCGGAAAUCCCUGUUCCAUCACUGCCGAAUGCAGACCGACAGACCACAAAGCUGUUUGUAGAUGUCCAUCUGGGCUGAUGGGAGAUCCAUUCAUCAAGUGCUACCAGCCACCACAGGUCAAACCGGAAUGCACGACCGAUUCCGAGUGUCCCAACGACAGAUCUUGUAUUAAUCAACGUUGCCAGGACCCUUGCUAUUUGGCAAAUCCGUGUGGAUCAAGUGCCGAAUGUCGGACCAACUUCCACAGGCCAACUUGCUUGUGUCCAGACGGUUGGCUGGGAAACCCACAAAUCAUGUGCUACAAACCCGAGUGCAAGACAGACCAGGAUUGUCCGUACGACAGGGCCUGCAUCAGUGACAACUGCAUCAACCCUUGCACAACUCAAAGCUGCGGCCGAGGGGCAGAAUGCCUAGUCCAAAACCACCACGCUCAAUGCCAAUGCCCGCUCGGAACGCAAGGCGAUCCGCUUCUUUCCUGCAUCACCGGCAUUUGCCACUACAACGAAGAUUGUGCCGACCACGAGGCGUGUGACCGCCUCAACAGAGUUUGCAGACCGGUCUGCGACGACGACACAUGCGCAGAAACAGCAUUGUGCACCGGAAGACAGCACCAACCGAAAUGUCGGUGCCCUCCGGGAACCACCGGAAAUCCUUUCAUCCAGUGCUCGGAUUCGAUAGUACCAUCUGUGGUGGAGUGUCACACUGAUGCCGAGUGUCCUUCCAAGUUAGCGUGCAUUAAUACCCGUUGCGAGAAUCCGUGUGUGCUGGAAUCCAUCUGUAUGCCUGACCAGGAAUGUCGCGUUUUGGAUACUUUGCCUUUGCGUACGAUAAUGUGUCAAUGUCCACCGGAUACAAUUGUCGACGCUUCAGGUCGCUGUGUUCUCGUUAAGCACUUGAAACCGCAAUGCCAAGUCGAUUCGGACUGCCCUAAUUCUGAUAAAUGCAUCGGUGGAACUUGCAUACAAGCUUGCAAAGUAGACAGAUGUGGAGUGAACGCUUUGUGCAAUUCUUUAGAACACCAAGCGGUGUGUACUUGUGCACCAGGAUAUACAGGCAACGCUCGGUAUGAAUGCACUAAUAUACCGAAGAAACCGUUCGAAGUUUUGCCUCCGGAAUGCUACACAGACAACGACUGUUCGUACGACAAAAAAUGCAGGGAAGAUUAUUGUGUUAAUCCGUGCAGGGAAGAGAAUCCAUGUUCUCCCAGCGCUUUCUGCUCAAUUGACAAUCACAGAGCUGUUUGCAAAUGUCCAGCUGGAUACGAAGGAAAUCCAUACGUCGAAUGUAUAGCACCGAUAAGUCCUGCUGUAGGCUGUUCUUCUAAUUCGGAAUGCCCCAUGAGUCAGUCCUGCGUGAACCGCUUGUGCAUCAGUCCAUGCAACUGCGGACCCAACGCAGAAUGCCGAGUAGCUGAUCACUACCCAAUAUGCUACUGCCAACCCGGAUACUCCGGAAAUCCUCAAACAGGAUGCACCAAACUGGGCUGUCAAUCCGACACCGAAUGUCCUGACGAUAAGCAGUGCUACAACGACCAAUGCGUAAAUCCUUGCAUCCUCUCUGAUCCUUGUGCCAGAAACGCCGAAUGCUACGGACAACAACACCGUUCCUCCUGCAGAUGUCAGCCAGGUUUCGAGGGCAACGCUGUGGACAGAUGCGAUCGCGUCGAAUGUCACGCCGACCUGGAUUGCCCAAACAACCGAGCUUGCAUCCAACAACGUUGCGUGGACCCUUGUUCCACCAUAGCCAACCCACCGUGUGCUCACAACGCGUUAUGUUACGCACAGAAUCAUGUUGCCGGCUGCAUCUGUCCCCCACACUUACCUCAAGGAAAUCCCCUGUCUUUCUGUACGGCACCACCAAGACCUCAAGGAAAACCAGAAUGCGAGCUAGACCCGGACUGCCCGAGUAAAUUAGCUUGCAUCCGCAACAAGUGCGUGAACCCUUGCUCGGAACUGUCGCCAUGUCACCUGUCUGCCCAAUGCAGCGUUCUGGACACGGUGCCGGUGCGAACGAUGAUCUGCACUUGCCCGGAAGGAUGGGUACCAAAUGAAAACGGCGAGUGUCACGCGGUGAUAGUACCGAUACCACCCGGUUGCACUACUGACGAUAACUGCCUGGAUAAUCAGGCUUGCAUCAACCGUUUGUGCCGAAACCCUUGCGACUGUGGAACAAACGCCCAAUGCUCUGUAAAAAAUCACAGAGCCGUUUGUUCAUGUAGACAAGGCUUCGACGGUAACCCGAACAUCGCUUGUCAAGCUGUGGGAUGUAGGAUCGAUUCCGAGUGCGGAUCUGGAAGAGCUUGUCUCAACGGCCACUGUAUCAACCCUUGUUUAGUAAGAGAUCAAUGCGGGACGAACGCGGAAUGUUUCGUUUACCGCAACAGAGCUGAGUGUCGAUGCGCUACCGGCUACAGAGGCAAUCCUUUGGAAAGAUGCUCAGUGAUCGGAUGCACCUCUAACAGCGACUGUCCCAGUGACAAACAAUGCAUCAACGCCCAGUGCAUCAAUCCUUGCGUUUACGACAACCCUUGCUCAUCAAGGGCUGAAUGCAGCGUCCGCAACCACUUAUCCUUGUGCAGAUGCCCGAGUGGCCUUAUCGGAAAUCCCUACGUCGACUGUCGUCCGGAACCACAACCGGAAUGCAGGGAAGAUAGCGAGUGUCCUUCGAGAUUGGCAUGCCUGAACAACAGAUGCCAGGAUCCUUGUGUGGUUCUGGAACCGUGCCAAAGACCGUCCGAAUGCCAAGUAGUGGGUUCCGUGCCAGUCAGAACUAUGAUUUGUAUCUGCCCGCCGGGUUACAUCAGCAGCGGUAGCGGUACCUGCAAUCCCGUCACGGCCGUGACUAAAGUAGGAGCUUGUGUAUCGGACGAGGAGUGUCCAACAGAAAAAGCUUGCUUCAAUGGUAUUUGCAGAAACCCGUGCAACUGCGGACCGGAAGCUGAAUGUCGCAUCAGAGACCACAAGCCCGUAUGCAGCUGUAAGCCAGGUUUCGACGGUAAUCCAGAGCUAGAGUGUACCAGAGUGGGCUGUAGAUCGGAAGAUGAAUGUUCUGGGCAACACAGCUGCGUGAACAGACAGUGUGUACCUGUUUGUGCUGCAGACGGGUCCACUUGCGGACAAAAAGCGACUUGCUAUGGGGUGAACCACAGAGCGAUAUGCGAGUGUCCACCAGGAUUGAUGGGAGACCCGAGAAUAACUUGUGUCCUAGUAGGGUGUAGAUCCGACGCCGAUUGUCCGAGUAGCAGAGCUUGCAUCAACAACAAAUGCGAAUUGCCUUGCGUCACGACCAAUCCCUGUGAAGCACCGGCAGAGUGCAAGGCUUUCGACCAUAUAGUCGAAUGUGUUUGUCCACCUGGUACAAUUAGCAACGGUGGAUUGGGGUGUGUUGAAGUAGAAGAAAAAUGCCGCAGGGACUCUGAAUGCCCGUCUCAGUACGCGUGCAUUGGAGGCGAGUGCGUGAAUCCAUGCAAGGAAUCGAAUCCUUGCGGUGUCAAUGCUGAGUGCACGGUACUGAACACCGAGCCGGUUAGGACGAUGAUUUGCCAAUGCCUACCGGGAUACGAAGGCAACGCGGCAGUUCUAUGCAAUAGAACAACACAAUGCAAAAUCGACAAAGGAUAUAUCCGCACCCCAGACGGAAGAUGCGUUUGUCCUCCAAACAGCGCUCUAAACGAAAACGACGAAUGCAUCCAUUGCCCUAUCGACAAAGGACUGAAAAUCGACGAAAGAGGUCGCUGCGUGUGCGCAUUAGAACGUGGUCUGAUCAUCGACGAACGUGGAAACUGCGUGUGUCCGAUCGAAUUCGGCUACCGAUUAGAUUUCCGGGGCAAUUGCGUACCCAAAUCAGGCCCGGAAUGUGAGACCGACGACCAGUGUCCAGACCACAGGUAUUGCAACCCGAAAACGAAAACUUGCGACGAUCCAUGUCCAGAGAAGCAUUGUGGAGUCAACGCGUUGUGUAAUGCUACUAAUCACCGAGCUGUUUGUCAGUGCAUAACAGGCUAUACCGGCAAUCCAGAUAUUUAUUGCAAUCACACGAGUCAUUACAAGACCGAUUUUCCCAGACCGGAUCUCACAGUCAGCUGUUUGUCGGACGGUGUUCAAGUGGAGAUAACCCUGUCAGAGAUAGGGUUCAACGGAAUAUUGUACGUGAAAGGCCACAGCAAGGACGAGAAGUGCAGGAGAGUCGUUUCCAUCGAUUCCGGCGAGAAAAUCGAAUACUUCAAGCUCGUAACAUAUAAGGCGCAAGCGUACCACAUCAAAUGCGUAUACCAAACGGGCGAACAAAACGUAACUCUAGGCUUCAACGUGUCAAUGUUGACAACUGCUGGAACCAUAGCAAACACAGGGCCACCUCCAACUUGCCUGAUGAAAAUAGUAACACCCACUGGAAAGGAAAUAAAUUCAGCUGAAAUCGGAGACAACUUGAUGCUGCAAGUCGAUGUGCAACCUGGCUCCAUUUAUGGCGGGUUCGCCAGGAGCUGUGUUGCUAAAACCAUGGGCGAUAGCGUGGAAAACGAGUAUUUGGUGACUGACGAAAAUGGUUGUGCGACAGACCCGACUAUAUUCGGCGAAUGGGAGUACAAUCAAGAUACUCAGAGUUUGCUGGCUAGCUUCAACGCUUUCAAGUUCCCCAGCAGCGAUAACAUCCGGUUCCAAUGCAACAUCCGAGUGUGCUUUGGAAAAUGUCAACCGGUGAACUGCCGAGGCUACAAUGCUUUCGGAAGACGUAGAAGGUCGAUCGAAGGAGACAACGAGAAUGACACAGAUGUCGCAGUUGGCGGUGAUUUGUUGACUGGACAGUUGAGAGAAGAAAUCACUAUACAGUCGAAUGCCAUUUUGACGCUUGAGAAGCGCGAGGAACGUUAUCCAGAUUCUCAAACGGCUCCGAAGGCUCAAAGGGCGCAGGACAUCUGCGUCUCGAUGAUCGGCUUCAUCAUCGCCCUCAUAAUCACUGCCCUUCUGGCGUUGGUGGCCGUCGCGGUGGCGGUGUCCUGCUGGCUGAUGGCCUACCGCCGCAGGCCAAAGGCUGCAGGACCGCUGCCGCAUCCUCCGGAGUUUCCCAAUCCGCUCUUCACCGCUCCGGAGCCGAUGACGGAACCCAGCCCGGACUACCUCACCUGAAACACUGCGAAACUAGUUAGAUAAGUGCGGAGGCGUCGGCUUAUUUAUUAGUUUUUUUCAAUUUGUAGUUUGCAGGAAAUGAUGAAAUACUCGCGAGAAGGUUAUUUUUCUUCUGUAGUAGUCCAUACUCAAAGUGGAGUGGAAUAUGAUCAAGAAAGAAAACUCGAAGUCGUCUCCACAAGUUUGAUGUUGAAAAGAUGCAGUCAAUCCUGCUUCAAUGAGGUUCGAGACAUGUUUCGACCAUUCAAAUGCCCAUCUUCAGUCAAAUUAGUAUACAUCAAAGUUUAUCUACAAUAGAAAACCCAAGCAUGAUUUUAUAUCAUGAAGAUAUUGAGAAAGAAAAUUCACAAAGUAUUGCAAAUGCAACAUUGAAUUAGUUAACAAUUUCAGUAGUAUAAAUAAUGAACAAUGGUGAUUAUUAUAAAGUAUAACAAUAUUGAUUGAUUAGUAAUUGAUGAGUGAAGAGUGAACAACUGAAGAAGCCAAAUUUUUAUUAAAGCACAAAUUCUGAUAACGAAUACCUUUUGGUUCGCCAUUUUGUUAUCAGAAUUUGUGCUAUAAUAAAAAUUUG